AUGUCGGUAUUUUUGUUCACAGAUAUGUGGCCGAAAUUAACAUUAUUUAUCGGACUCGUAGCGUUUCGAUUGCUGACGGCGUCCGGGAACCCCGACGCCAAAAGACUUUACGACGAUCUGCUGUCCAGUUACAACAAACUUGUCAGACCUGUGGUGAACACCAGCGAUGUUCUCCGGGUAUCCAUAAAACUCAAGUUGUCACAACUUAUCGAUGUGGUACGUAAAAAUAAACUUCUUGUAUCCCUUUUAUUUGUUUCAUAAAAUCUAUACAAUAGUGCAUUAUAAUAAGCAUAAGCGAUAGUUCAGAAAUGACAUGACAUGGAGGCUUAAGAGAAGAAACUGCCCAUUGGCAACACUCCGACUUGUACCAAUAAUAUUAUAAUGAUAACCAUAGGUGCUCUCAAAUUGUUGGGGCCAGCUACUUUUAUAGCGUUUUUCAUCUUACUAUACUACACUAAAUGCGGUCAAUAAUACCACACUCCCAUAAACGUGUUCAGAAUUCGAAGGGUAAGCUAAUAAAAAUAGCAGUUUUAUACCGUUAUUUCCGGCACAGGGCUACUUCGGCUUUAAACUCCCCUCCCCCUUUAAAAAAAAAGAUAGAUAAUGCAAAAUACCAAUUCAUUCAUAAAUCAUAUUGUUUACUAUCUAUGUACUUGUUUUACGAAAACAGUAUUAUACAUCUCAACAUACAGGUAACCACGAAAAAAUAACUCGCAAUCUAUUUAUAAUAAAUUAUUUCAUGAAUAAAAAUUAAAAAAACUUUAUGUUAUCCCUAAUACCUCGCACUCGAGACAAUGGUAAGUACUAGCAUAGUAGAUAAUUAUAACGGUUAUAGUUAUAGUUAUAGUUAUAGUUUGAUAAUAGUUGAUCACAAUUAUAAAAUUAAAUCACUGAUCAAAAAGGCGCUAAAAUAAUACUUACUUAUUAAAUAUAAUUUACUACGUCACACCGUCAAUAUAUAUGGGUUUUUACUCCAGUAUAUAUAUAUAUACGAUUGUACUGCAUCAAUGUAUAGAAUUUGCGUAAUCUACUAUACUGGUGAUGGUAAGCGAUAGUAUAGACAUCGUACACGAGUGCAAUCAGAUGGAAAACGUUAUUAUUCUUCUUAUCUCAUACGGGUAGUAUAGGGUCAGCUACUUUUAUUAUUUAAGCUCUUAAUAUUCCUUAUAAAAAUAAAACCUUGCAAUUUUUUUUUUAGUCCACCCCUAUUAUGUUUCCGUCCACAUUUUUAUAUCUCGCCGGUCUUCUUUCUCAUCCUUUUUCAACACGUCCUUAAUAUACUCUCUCUCCGCAUUUAUCCUUCCGUGCAUUUCAUUACUACUCCUAGACUAACAUUCCUGUCGCAUAGUAUUGUCCAAUCAGGUAAAGCCAUUCAAAUCGGUUUAGGUCCUUAAUUACAACGGUUACGUGAAAUUUUCCUCCUGGGUGAACGCACGUAUGAGAUAAUAUUAAAUUGUUUUUAAACCCAUUACAACAAUUUUUUUUUGUUAAGUAAAUCAAAUCACUUUAUUCUAUUUAUAGGUUCGUUAUUAUAUUAUUAAAGUAAUAAAAAGCAUUUUUUGUUGUUCUUUUCUUUUCUUUGCUUUGUUGUUGAUUAAGAUUGCUUUUUUAUGAAAAUAAUGUAUCGUCCAACCUUUAAUAUAAUAUUAUAAUAUUGACAUAUUUUCACCUCAAAAUUAAAAUAUACAUUAUACGGUGAAAAAUAACAAAAAAUGAACGAUGAAAAAAUGUAUUAUAUAUAUAUAUAUAUUUACCUUUUCGUUUUUGUUAUGAAACUUCGGUAAACAAACUGUUCAUUCUGUUCGCGUAUACAAUUAAAAUGACACAAAGAUAUUAAUCACCAGUAAAAAAAUUAAUUCUAUAUAUAUAUGUAUAAACAGAGAAAAAUUAUUAUUAAAUAAUAAACGAUAUUGUUUAAUGUAAUUUUUGAAUAUCAUAAUAGGUAUAUAAUGGGUAAAAAUAAUUAACACAUCGUUUAAACAACAAUUAAUAUUUUAAAUGACAACCUUACUGAAAAUCAUAUAAAAUUUAAAAAAUGCACGAGUACCUAUAAUAAUGUUAUCAAUAUUUCACAAAUUCAAUAAAAACUGUAAUGAGAAAUAAACAUGUUGUAAACACGAAAAUAUAAAGUUCGCAUAUUAUGAGUAUUUAUGUCGUACAAAACUGGAUUAAGUACUGUUUAUAAUUUAUAUGUACAACAUGCAUGGGUAGUGGGUAUUAUAAAAUGGAUUUAAAAAGUCAAAAGUUAUAAGAAGAAACUUCUGUUUUAUAACAUGAAAAUAUCUGUUUUACAUUGGCAAAACGAACGCAAAUAUAAUUCAUAAGACUAUUUUGCUUAAAAUAGUUCGUUUCUCGCUCCUCUAUCAGCAUACACAAUUAUGAACUCCGAGACGUGGUGGAUUCAGGAUUUAAUUUUUUGUAGAAGUCAUAGUCACAAAUUCAGUGAUCAUUUUGGAGGAUUUAUUUCCUUAUUCACAAUAAUUUAAACUUUGGUUAUAGUCUUUAUGUUGUUGUUGAAAACCUUCGAGCUUGUAAAUCAUUUCGAUCAAAUCUCCCUACCCCAAACUAAUUUUAUUUUUAGGCUCUGUAUUGAUUAUUGCAAUGACAAUUUUUAAAUUUUUUCGCCUCUGUGAUCAUUAAAUUGUUUGUCGUACAAACUAAUUAGUUUUUGUAAUUUUAAAUCAUUACGAAACGAUUGUGUCAUUCGAACUACAAUACCUGAUUUGGUAUUUUCAACGAAAUGCGUGUACCUAGUAAUAACUAAAUACAUUUAGAUAUCAACUGCAGACCCAACGAUACGAUCGUGUCUGACGCCCUUGUCCCACGACAUACCGCUAUCAGACGUUAACAAUGUGACGGGCGCCUUAAAAUUAGCACAAAAACAACUAGGUCCUAUUAUAUAGCAGUACUUGCACUCGGGCGUUUUCGGAUUUAAUUUCGGACGCACGGCCGUAUAAUGCAUUUCUAGACGUAAUAUUAUAAUCUCCCACCGGCGUCGACUGCGGGGUCCAAAGACCAAAAGGUAUUAUCCGAGGACUAGACGAUUGUCGAUUUCACCGCGGGAAAUUAUCGGUCGUGGCAACAGUACAGGUACCUACCCGAGACCGCGUAUUCCACAAAAACACUUAUCUCAAGCGCAAACGUUAAAUUCCGUUUAAAUUAAACCGACUCGCUUAUUAUUGUUAUCGUCGUACAGUGAAGUGCACAAAGAUGGGACGUCACGGGUUAUAUCCCUUCCUUCUAUUGCUUUAAGAAUAUUUUUGAAACCUUUUGACUCCAGUGAUUUUAUCUAAAAAUUAUAUAUUUCUGUGAGCUGAAAAGCAUAGUUAAUGAAUUCAAAUUGACAUUUUUGAAUCCGUUUUUUAAAUUCUUAUCGUUACGGUUUAGGUAUAACAGGCUGUGAUUCUACGAUUAUCACUCACACACAUCCACUCUGUUUUUGACGCCUUCCUUUCAACACCAUUAUCGUUGCAUAGUGGAUACCAAUGUAUAAAAAAAACCGCCGAGAUAUUUGAUAGAAUAAUAUAAUAUCCGAAAUAACUGUUUAAACUAUUCAUGCAUUAUGGUGUGUUUUAAGUGUAAGUGAAUUAUGUCGACCGAAACAUAAUAUAAAAUUUUAAGCGACGCUAUAAUAGUAUAGUGAUUUAAAGUUGUUAACAAAACAUAACAUAAUACAGAGGCGCGUCUAAGAAUUUUUAAUGGGAGUGUAGGUAAUAAAUAAUAAUUAUGAAUAAAUCAUAGAAACUUCUAUAAGUACCUAACCAGACUGUGGGAAUUUAAAUGACGAUUCCAAAAAAGCCAAUUUGUAAUUUCCAUUCAACGAAUCAAAGAUUUCCUUGUAACUUGGCUGAAAAAAAAAUUAGAUAACUAAAUAAUAAUUGUAUUUUUAAGCCGAUUGUGAACGGAGAUGUAACUACUGACAACCACUCCCUACGCAUGCCAUCGAUAUAGGUAUUAUAAUUAUUUACACCAAUCAUAACGCAUAUUUAUGGUUAUUGAUAAUUCACUUUAUACGUACAAUAUAUUUAUACGAUUAUUAAUACAAAUAUUGAUAAACCGAAAAUAAAUUAAAAAAUACAAAUUUAUAAUCCGUGAAUAAAAAAAAAAAAAUUAAAUUAAAAAAAAGAAUUGUAAUACUUUUAAUAACAUUAUACCGGAGAGUGGCUGUUAUACGGUAAUCAUUUAAUCCUCGGGAACGCUCGGCGAGCAGUGUUUACCUUAUCAGAAAAUUAUUUUAUACAGUCGAGUGGAUAUCUCCCACCUACCUACCUACCUACUUAUAAUUUUAUGUUGAGUUUCUCGAGAUAAUAAACCGCGUUCCAGCGUCCAUGUGAUAAAACAAAAAGUGUAAUUAUUGUAAAAAAAAGUUAUACGAACUUAAUUUUUCCGUUUGAUAUUAUCAAAAUUCGCAGACUAUUUUUUUUUUUUUUUUUUUUUUAAAUACGAAAAAAUAAUAAUACGAUUUUUAUUACUCUCCGUGUUAUUCGACGAAUAGUCCCAAAUGGUUACGAACCUUAUACGGCUACAAAAUAGAAAAUAUUUCAAGUUUUCAAUUUCCAUAUGCGUGAUAUACUUUAUAUAGUUUCCGCCGCAGAUAUAUAAUAAAAGAGGUUUUCAUUACAUCGAACCAUCACAUAAAAAAAAAAUAUAUACGUCGAGCGUAUAGUACAUUUUACGAGCUCUUUUUAAACGGAAAAAACGUUGCCACCUACUAAAAAAAAAAAAAACGGAACAGAACAGAAUAGAUUUUUUUUUACGUAUUUUUUAUCUGGUAAAAACCCAUAUACAUAUAGUGGAUAGAAUACGAAACUAUCCAUCCUCUCCGCUACUUACCCUCCGUCGCCGACGCCUAAACCCGAUCAAAUUCGACUAUUUCUUUUCAGUGUCCAGCCUCGUCCGUAGCAGCAGUCUCGGUCUGUUAUUUAUUGAUCGGCGUUGAAAAGCUGAGCUUGCAUACCCAUUAUCAUCGCUAGCGGACCGUCCGCCUUUCGAAUCCUUCAAAAUGAGUGUCCUGUAUCAUAUUAUAUAUAAAAUGUGUCGAGCCUUUAAAUAAUUCAGAAACGCGCCCGCAAAUAUCGCGUAAAUGCGGAACAAUGAAACCUUAUUAUAUUAUUAUCUGUCUUAUUGUCUGAUUUUCUGAAGUAGAACGAUAAAUAACGGCUCAUCGCAAAAGUUUAACGCCGUUAAUCGUCAUUGAUCGUUAACAUUUUUUUCUUUGGACGAUUUGGAUGAUAUUUUUUCACAAAAAAUAGAUACCCGUCCAAGGUUUAACUUGAACUCAAUAAUUACAAUUAAUUUAAAUACCUUGACAUCGCACACAAAUGGCAAAUUCCAUACGAUUGUUGAGAAAUUUUCCCCCAAAAUAGAACUCAAUUUUACUGUAUAUUGUAUCUGUUAUAUUUGAUCUUUUUGAAAAAGGACUCAACUAGAGUUUGUAUAGUUUUCAGUACAAGAAAAGUAAAUUUCAAAAAGAUAUGGAUAUACUUCUCAUAAUUGGUGGAACACUGUUGUAGGUGAGAAGUUGGACAGGUCAAGGGAAAAUUCAAUGUAUAUAUACGCAACGAUUAACCAUUGUUAAUGAAAAAUCGAUUAUGGGUGGAGUUCGGUUAUUAGUAUUGCCUUGUAAUAUUUUUUAAAUUAGGCCGAACAUUUACGAACUUUUUACUUUGGACACCCGAAUAGUCUCCCCAAAUAAAGCUAGAGGGAUGAAAUGUUGUAUAUGCAUCCAGUUAGUAUCAUGAAUGCGGCUUUUUUGGCAUUUUGAGGUCACAACUUUCAAUCCACGCCUCUUCAAUUUGUACGCAUAAACUUUAAUUAUUUAUUUGGAUAUAAUACAGUUGAAGUACUUAUCGAAUAGUAUUCUAAUUUUUAGAUAUUAUUCGAUUAUUUAUUCUUUAACAUAGAAUAAUUCCAUAAUACAAAACUUAGGAGACAUUAGUAGAGCAGAUUUGUUGAACGUGACUGUAAUUCAGGUCCUUGAACAUUUUUUCGGUUAAUAAAUAUACUCCAAAACACCAUGAGUAUAAACGAUGUGAAUUUUCUACCCGUCCGUACUGUCUAUUUGAAAAAUUGUUUUACGAUUCCGAACGUUUUCCAUUUUCUGGUCAUUUUUAAAUCCGGACCCUUUAUUAUUCAAUUAUAAACUUUCUUUUUCUUCUCGUCGUAAUUAUUUUGUGCCAUAAAAUAUAAUCAACAUUUUUUGAAGCACAUUUUGUAAUAAUAAUAUUAUUAUUGUUAUUAAUUAAAAUAACCAAUGUAUUUAUCAGUAUCUAUAAUAAAUUUCUAUCGGUCUAGGACAAGAUAUCAAAUAUUAAAAUAUUGUAUUUUCUUAACGCAGUACGAAAGAUACCUCGUCCCUGAAAUACCUAUUAUGUUAUUAUAAUAAUACUAAUACCUAUACAAAAUGCAAUAUUAUAAUGUUUUGUAUAAUCCAAAAAAACCGUGUUAUAAAUGUGCAUAAAGGUUGAGUUACUUCGAUAACAGUAGGCAUAGUGGGGGUGGGGGAAAGCGCAGAAGAAAGGAGUCAUUCUCCUUAUUUAAAGUAAAAUAAUCAGUUGCCUUUAAGUAUUCGAAAAUGAAAUUUUGAUAACAUUUUAAAAUCUAGUUUUAGUUUUAUUAAAAGUUAACUCUUAAGUAACUAUCAGGCUACUCGUAAUUAGACAUCGUUUAUCUUUAUUUUUACUGAAAAGUUAUGUUUGUAGCAUAACAUUAGAGGAGAGGGGGAUAUUGUCUAUUUUUAAACCAUCUUAGUAUGGCAUUAGUAUAAGGAAAUGAGUGUGAGAGAAAUUUUUUUUGAAAAUCUUGUCCUCAUUCUUGAUGUGUUUCUUGAAUAUUUGGUUAAGUGAAGUUAGUUCUCGGGAAUGCACCUCAAUUUUCGGUAAAUUUGAUCCUCCUUCGAAGUUCCCCCCCCCCUUUAACUGCUGCCUGAAAUAUAAUAAUAUAAUACUAUUUAGUAAUAUUGCAAUGUUAUUAUUGUUAUUUGAUUUAUUGAACAUCUACCUAUAGCCCGCAGAACCAAAUAAUUGUUACGACGUAAUAUAUUAUUGGUCAUAACGUACCGCAAACUAAAACUUAUAAUAGAAUUAUUACUUUUUGGUAGGUAGUUUUGCACGACCACCGUUCGAAACAUUCUACGAGUAACAACCGAAAUAAUAUUACCUACUCUUAUAAUUAAUAAAUAAGACUAUACCUGUUUACACGAUAAUAAUAUUUUGUAGACCGGAUUGUAAUCAAUAAUCAUUAUUAUGUUAUUUCAAAUACAAGUAAGAUGAUAGAAUUAAAAGAAAAAAAAAAAUGAUUUAUCUAUGCAAAACUUUCUAGAAACGUACAUUGUAGAUUCUGAGUGUAGAGAAGAAUGCAUAUGAUUUAAUUUUUAAUUUUUUUUUUUAUACUGUGUACAAAAAUUCUACCAGAGAUCUUACUUCAAACUAUAAAUACUACAAAUAUAGUACAUUUUCUAAAAGAAAAAUUUUCCUGGGGUGGUAUUUCAAGUCUUUUUUUUUGAUUUUCCAAGUAGUUUUCUCAAAAAAUGGGAAAAAAAAACAGGAAAACAUAUAAAAUGUAUUAAUAAAAUAAUAUGGUUUUUUUUUUCUUGUCACAACUUUCUACCAGAAAUUUUGCUUCGAUUUACAAUGAUAGCAAUUUUUAUAAAUAGAAAUACGAUUGAGUAGGUACAUUAAAGGGAUCGUUUUAUAACUUUCCCAGAAGUUUUCCAAUAAAUGAGAAAACUGAGAAAAAAACACGAAAAAAAUAGGAAAAUUAUCAGAAUGUUAAACAAAAAUCGCAAAAGAUAAUAUAUGCCCGGAGAAAAAAUUCCCGAAACAUUUUACUAUGGUUAUCUCAUCUGAAUCAGCCGGAUUCGAAUGAUCUCUGACUUUUUGGUUAUUUUGAUAAAUAAGAAAAAAUAUGCUUUUUACCCCAUUUCUUGCAUUGUAUUAUGCAUAUAUAACUAUUUGACCACAAUUUGAUGUGUCAUAUAUAUAACACUAAUAACCGAACUCCUUUCAGAAUUGGUUUUUCUUUAGCAUUUCGGUAAAUCUUUGCAUAUAGGUAUAUAUUAAAUUUUCUCUCUACUAUCCCAACUUCUCAACUUUUUAACAGCGGCCCAUCCUCCUGUGAAUCAUAUCCGUCUUUUUAAAUGUUACAGUGUCCAAUAUCCUAGAUAAUUAAUUUUUAUGUUUGGGCAGGGAGAGAGUAGUGGAACAUUAUGUUCAAACACCACUAUAUGAUAAACAAUUCAAUUUCAUAUUUUAUUGUUAUGAAGUACACAAAAUAAAUUCUAUUCAUUUUAUACAAUAAUGCGCGUUACUACUUUAACGAAUUUGCAAUUAUGUUACCUAUGUACAUUAUUAAAUCAUAACUGUUACAGGAUCUUUAAUAUAAUAAUAUAUACGAGUAUAAUAUGACGUGUAGGAACGAUUUCUAAGAAAUUUCGAAACAAUAAACAAGAUCUAAAAAGUUAUUUACCUCUACAGUUAUAAUAAAAUGAUACGUUUGUUAUAUUAUAAUAUGAAAGAGUGCACACGUCAUAAAAUGGUAUUUGUUCAGAAUAUCAGAAUAUUAAAUUAUUUAUGUACAUUUUACGGUUUUUUUUUUUUUUUUUGUUGCAAUGGUGGGAAGAACAAUAUAAGUCCGAUUGUUAUGGGAGCUAUAGAUAAAAUGAAAUUGUCUAAAUUCAAAUUUUAUGUACAAAAGUCUAAACUCUUUUUUCUUUUCCUGGACAAUUUUAAAAGGUGGACUCAUCUGAUUUUUUCAAGAUAUCAAGUGCUUUGCUAAACAUAUUUCAGUAUUUUUAAUUAAUUUUCAAUAGACAACAAUACUCGAUAACAUGUAAUUAUAUAGUAUCACACAUAGGGAUAGAGAAAAAUAAAAUGAUUACAUUUUUUUAUUUUUAUUUAUAUAUUUAAUUGCACAUUUAAUGUUCAAUUUAAGAAUUUCCACUCUGAACAACUCGUAGAUACGAUUAUGAUUACAUUAUAAUAUUAGAUCUCAAAAUAACGUAUACUGAACAUUUCCAAGACACGAGUUUUGUUUCAAUGAAAUGUUUAAUUUUUAAGUUUUUAUGAUUUGAAUUUGAAUAUUAUAAAGUUAAUCGUAUUUUCCUCCAGUCUUUUUUUUAAUGAUAAAAUUAAAAAAAAAAAAAAAAAACCAAACCAUAAACUGAUGUUUUCAUAAGGUCCUAACUCCCCUAAUAACAAUGGGAGUUCUGCAGUAUUACAACGAAAUUUGCAAAAUAAUGCGUACGGUGUAAUACAAUUUACGAAAAUGGAAAACGUUCAUUAUUGCGCAUAUAAAAUACGUGUGCACAUAAAAACGUAGACAUAGUGAAAACCAUCAUUAAAAGUUUUAAUUAUAAAGUGAAAAGUAUCUUCAUUUCAUAGAGAUAUAAUAUGUAUUUGAGGUUUAAGUUUUAAUACAGUUUAUUUUGGCGAUUCGGGUUUAAUGUCGUGAGGGCUAGGUAGCGGGGCAAAAAAAUAAUCAAACGCAGUAUUUAACAGCGUUUCGUUAAAAUUGACCGGUAAAAAUAAUAUAAAUCGAUAAUUUUUUUUUUUUUUAUAUUUUAUCAAACUAGACAUUAUUUUAAGGAACCAUUAAUGUCCAACGUAAUCUUGUGAGAUUUUCCACGAGAUUUGCACUAUUAUUACUUUUUAAUAAUAAUUGAGUCAGUAAUAGUAGAUGGAAGAUUGGCAAGGUAUCUUAUAGCAGGAUCUAAUAUAGGAUUAAUGUUUUUAUAUUUCUAUGCAACGUUAUCGAAAAACAUUUCUGAGAGAAAUAAAAUACGUUUUAUUAACUAUACAUAAUAAAUUCCAAUUGUCCGUAUUUUUAGCAUCAAAUUUAUUGAAUCUGAGUGGAGCGAAGAAUGAAUUAGUUUUACAAUAAUAUUUAAAAAAAUUUUUUUUUUUUUUUUCGUGAACAACUUUUACCAGAAAUUUUAAUCCGAUUUUAAUAGUAAUUAUUUCUGAUAGAAAAUUUAACUAGCGUGAUACUCUAGGGAGUUCGUUUUUGAUUUUCCAAUGGUUUUCAUAAUAAAUGGGAAAAAUCGGGAAAAACGUACGGAGAACGAGAAAAUGUAUGAUGUGUAUUAUUUUAAAAUAGUAAAUCUUGAUAUUAUGGCCUUCCAAAACAUGUAUAACCCAACUCUACUUUGCUUUAUUGAUUUUCUGUCUUUCAACAUAAAAUCUUGCUUCAAUCGUCAUCAUCGAGAAUAAAUUGUGGUUACGAAAUGAUGUGAUGAAAGGAUCGAUGUGGUUAUUUUCUAGUGAUUUUCAUAAUAAUUAGAGACAACAAAAAUAUGUUGAAUUAUUUUGUGUAUAGAUAUUUUUUUUUCAUAUUUGAGUUUAAUUCGAGUUUAUUACAUUUUUAUUUGGUUUUAUGUGAAUUAUUAUUUUAUCAGCGUUUUAUGUUCGAAUUUAAGUGAUAAAUCAAUUCGUUAAAAACACAAACAAUAAGUAGAAUCAUUUAUAAAAUUAAUCAAAUUUUCAAUAAAAAUUAAUCGAAAAACGGUUAGCUGAUGUCCGCUCAGAAUCGUUUUCUGGUCAUAAUGGUUUAUUGUUGCCCACAUAUAUAAUAAAUUAAAUAACCCUAUAUAACAAUUUACCUUCCUGAACUUCAAUUUACAGCGAAAAAGUAGCCAACUUCAGAGGAAUAUCAUGUACGAGAAACAUAGUGAUAAUGUACACCAUCAGUAAUGGACUCGAGGUCGGUUAAAGCCCAGGGUUCAAAUUUGAAAAUGAUUCCUCUGUAUUAAAAUUAUAAGUAAAUUUGUGUAUUGUAAACAUUUUUUAUUAAAAAAUUACACAAAUCAAUGGUGACACAAUUAAAUCCGCAGGGCAUGUGUCCAUUGCCACCCUCUCCACCACUCUUAAUCCGGCCUUGAAUGAAGCGACUUCUUUUAUAAUUUAUGCGAAUCCGAAUAUCGGCGCCCGAUUUCCGUAGAACGUUUCUUGGUAUAUAAUAUUCGCAUUGUGUCCAGGUUUACACAUAUUUUACCCCGUGUAAGUUCCAAAACUUUGUUACACACGUUAGGAGUUAUAAACGGCUUUUUACGACUUUCCGGGACAUUGAUUAUUUUUCAAAACUCGAUUUUAGUAUUUUGUAAUAUUUUUUUCGUAUAGUUCACGAGAGAUAUUUACCAAUAAAUAGUUCGCUUUCACGAGUUGUUUUUUUGUUUUUUUUUUUUGUUUUUGUUCGGUAUUCUAUACGACCGCGAUAAAUUCUACUGUUUUUUUUUUUAUUUCUUUUUUUGUGAACGUAACACUCGUUUAAACUUCUUCAGUGCAUAAUAGUGGGUACCUAUAAAAACUUUGUGAAACACAGAAAAAAAAAAUAUAAACGAUAAAAUAUUUUAAUUCCGAUCCAGGACAGAGUAAUUAAGAAAAAAAAAACCUAAAUAGAGAAUACAAAAUAACAUACCAAAAUAACAAUAAUAAUAUCGUGCUGUGCGUUUAAAACUACGCCGGUCCUGAGUUCACUUUUUAAAAUGUUUUUAUUAUUACUACAUUUUUUAUUCAAGCACGGACACUGGUGGACACUGCAGUGCAUUAUUUCUAUUCAAUACUCCACCACUAUUGUUUGGUAUUAUUAUUAUUAUUAUUAGAUUCUGACCGGAGCGAGCAAUGUGUUUUUUUUUUUUUAAUUCCAAAUACUAUUUUAAUGCUUCCAUUAGUAUAUAUAUACAUGCGUGUGGCAAAAAAAAAAAAAAUGUGCAUACAUCAUAAUAUUGUACGGUUACGAUCGCUAACAAAAAUAAUUAUUGGUCGAAUCAUCAAGGUUUAUUUUAGUCGUUUUUUUUUUAGAUUCCGUAAAACACGGAAUAUAAUGGUCUUGUUCUAAAUUUGUUUUUGUGCUAUAAACAACUUUUAUAUCGAAAUUCUAGAACCAGUCGAAACCUUCAUAAGCAAUUUCUUAUUGCAUUUUUCCUCUAUUAUCAAGGAGGUCGUUUUUGUCGAAUUUCCCACGAAAAUAGAAACUAUUGCGGUGUAUUUUGUCUGCUAUGUAUAUAUACACUAAUUUCUAAGUUUGAAGUCUUUUGGUUGAUAGGACGUCACUAAAAUAAUGUAUAUAAUUAUAUCUUUUCUCCAGUACAUUUGGACUCUCUUAGCAGAUCCUUCUAGACCAAAACAGGUCAAAAAUGAAAAUUAUAGUUUUUUUUUUUUUUUUUUUUAAAAUGGAUUGAAGUGAUGCGGGAAGAGGGGAGGGGGUUAACUUUGUGCAUCCCCAUGCAGCCCUCCUGAAUGAAGCCAGAGGAUAACAUUUUGUAAAUAUAUGCGUUAAGUAUUAAUGAUGUGUAUUUUAGUGGUUUCAACUUUCAACCUACUCCCCAACCAUUUUUAUACUCAGAUUUCAUGUUUUCAGAGGAAAUACCGGGUUUUCAAUUUUCAUCGUACAUAUUCGUGAAAUAUUUUAACGGUAACAAGUCAGUUGAAGGCAAUUUAACUCUGCUGACAAAAAUCGGCUACUGCUUUUUUUUUUUUUUUUAAUUUCGUUGAUGUGGUUUUUAAUAAAUGGGAAAAUCUGGUCUUGUAUUAUAUAAUUUGUAUUAUUUUUGAAUUUCCAAGAUAACAAAGGAAAAAAUACGACUAAUUAUACCCUGCUCAGAAUCGUUUUUCAUUAGUAACGGUUGAUAGUUGCACAUAAUAACAAAUUGAAUUACUCUAUAUGUCCCCCCUUUGAAAUUCCCUCCUUAAAUAGUAGCAUAUCCAUCAGCCAUAUCAGACUUUUAUAUCUCUUUUUAUCGCAUUUGUAAAUAAAAUGUAUAAGUAUAUAAAUAUUAAGUACAUAUAUAUAUUUUAAACAUAUUCAACACAAGACAACUUUUCGUAUUAAACUUUAUUCCUCUAAGGGUAAUUAGUUUUUCGAAAUCGUCCGAUAAUUUGAAUCCACUAUGUAAGACAAUGGAUUAUUCAAACAACCGGCUGGAUAUAAGUAUACUCCUGCAUUUUACGAGCUCCCUGGCAUUCGUGACGGCCUCUGUACACGUGAUUUACGAGUGUAAAAGGAAAUACAAUAAUAUCCGCUCCGUUAUACCGUAACUGUCGUCAUAUAAUUAAAAUAAUGCUUACUACGGUUGUAUAUUAUUAUUUUCUAAGUCAAAUAAUUGGAAAACAAAAAAAAUCCCACCACUAAUAAAUAGCAGGUACAAAUAGUGAACAAAUUAUAAGGCUAAUAAAAACUUUGAUUUUAUGCCACGCAGUUGAAGGUGAUUUUUUUUAUCAAAGCUAUUUUCUUACUGCAGUUAUUUACAAAGGAUUUAUUUUUCAAAUGAGAUCUCAGUACCUAUUCAAAUAAUAUUUGUCGUCUUAUUAAAUAUAGGGAUAGAAGCAACUGCACGUGUAUUUUUAAAGCGAGGCGAGAGGCCCAUUUUUUCCCCUUACUCUAUACAAUUUGUCAUAUUUAUUUCGGAAAUAUCUAUACAGGCAUUAUCUGUUAUAAUUGUAUGAGUCCUAAUUUUAAAACAAAUCAUUGUCUUAUCAAAUAAAUAUUUAUUUGUAUAUACCCCCUCUUAUUCCCCCAUAAAAUUGAUUUAAAGAUACCUCUAACCAGCGGUUGAUUAUUAUAAUAAAUUAGCAUCUACUCGUGAAGACUCAUGUCAUAAGAAGAUUAAUUCAAUUAAUGUUACUAUAUAAAAAUAUCAAAUUCAUUCGAGUGCGUAUAAUGAAUUUAUCAUAAAACUUAAGGCGGAUACUGAAAUAACAUUAAGUAUCGUGGAAUUUGAGAAUUGCAUCCAAGUAUAUUAUAAAUGCUCACUUAUGUGAAAUUUCUCAAAAAGAAUAUUCUCCAAUACGCCAUUACAAAAUUAUCGUAAUACCUUCAUUCACCCUCUAUACAAAAUUCCAUACCAUAUUGCCCAGGACAAUAACAAUAUUUAUAUCAUAUUAUUAAACGAACAUUAUCAACAUUAACAUAUUAUCAACAAUUACAAUAUUAUGAACAGGAAAGAGAAAAGACGAAAUCACACAAAACAUCAAAACGCUUCUACUAGAAUUACAAUAAUUUAAGAAAACAAUGUUAAGCAAAAAAAAAAAAAAUAUAAGACGAUCUAAAAUUACCCGAAGUAGAAGUACGGCUUAUAUAAAAAAAAGAAAAAGCUGUGCAAAAUACGGGAAGUGGUUAUUUUGAUUAGUCUCAUUAUUUUUGAUCUUUUGGGAGUAUAAUAACAUAAUAUAUUAUAAAGAAUUCUACGUCAUAAUGGUCUUCCGUGUAAAUUACAAAGAACUAAUUCAUUUUAUGUCACUUGCUUGAUGAUGGUGAUCCCGAGAGGUGACCACUUAAAAAAAAGGAGAAGCAAACGUUUUUAAACUUAAAUGUAAACAAUAUUUUCAAAGAAGAACUCAUCAAAAAUGAGUUUAUAUGAUAAAUAAACCAAACAAAAAAUGAUUAAGUAUUGUAUGUACAAGUCUUUAUUCACUAUUUGUUUUUUUCUGCGUGAUAAAUGCAUUUGUCUUUGUCUCAACACCACCAAAUGUUCUUGAAAGUUUUUUAAAAUUCAGUUUUUUUUUUUUUUUUUUUAACUCCGUUUUGAUCAUGUAUGAUAAAUAGUAUUGUUAAACAUCAUAUUUAUAAAACCUUGUGACGUGAAUUUUUUUUAGGCUUACUUCGUUUACCACUACCACCACCAUUACAUCUUAUCAACAUUUUAUCAGGACUUAUUAAUUAUUAUAAGUAAAUUAUUUUGAACUCACUGUUAUACGGUUCUAUACGUAAUUUUAUGCCCCGACCGCCCGCCAAUUUCGAUAAAUGCACAACAAGGGUCUGAAAACACAACGCAGCAACUGUAAUCUGCAGUCUAAAACGAAAAUAUUAUUCAUUAAUUUAUACUAACCGCAGGUAAUUCAUUAGUAUUUCUUUUAACAAUCCAAAAUUAUUAUGUCUCUUCUCUGACAGAAUUUUGUUUGUAAAUACACACCUACAUACCGCACAAGACAAAUUACCCUAAUGCCCUUUUGUUUUAUCUAUUCAUCACAUAUAUAAUGGGGAGGUAUAUAUAUAUAUAUAUAUAUAUGUUUAAAGAAACCCGUGAAUAUUAUAGCAACGCGGUAUACGUAGGUACAACACUUUUCCACUUCCGGAUACAAGCUGCUCGGUUAGAACUUUUAGUUAAUGGAAUAAUAUUACACUACCUAUAAGACAUAAACGUACAUAAUGCACGUCCGAUUAAAACGGUAGAAACUGUAUUGUUAUAUCAAAUCACUCUUUUCAACGAAAACGACUCUCGCAACGUGUAUUUUUUCAAUUUCAUUCGUCGUAAGUAAAUAAACGGUCCAUAUAUUCGUAUCGCAUACAUAUAGGUACUUCACAUGAAGAGUUUUUUUGUAGAAAAUUAUAUGGAUAUUUUGAUUUUAUAGUUUCAAGGAAAACGAAAAAUCUAUUAGUUUUACAAUCGCGUAUGUGUGUGUGUGUGUGUGUGCAGUGAUGACGCGAAGUAUUUUUACCUUAUAUUACAGAUUUAAUAUUCUACCCACGCCAGCCUAAAAAUAUUCUAUUCUCUACUAUACGAAUCUACACGAAUCGAUAACAAAUAUUUUUAACAUUCGCCUAACUAUAUAUUGACGUUUAGAGUAUUUGGUAAAUAUUUAGUGGAUAUUCAAUUUUCGGCGAAUGGCCCGUGUGUGUAGACCGGCACGAUGGCGUUUAGGCAAACAACACCCACGGGAAACUAGUAAAACGGUGUCGAAUAAGCGCGGAGGGAUCUUGUGGAAGUUCUCAAUUAUAUUAUAUUAUGAUAUGGUAGUGUAACCUAUGUAUACACUUUGGUACUAUAGUAUAGUAUAACAUAUGGUAUGUACAACACGAUAUAUAUUAUUAUAUAGGUACUUGUGCGCCAUUUUGGUCACACUGGUCUCAGGCCGGUUUUCCCGUGAGGCGAUAAAAAUAGAACACUUUUGAUUCGUGACCUUCCAUCCUGCGACGAUUCCAUAACUCUAUCCUAUUGACCAAAGACUCUUGACACGUAAAGAUUUUAGUGGAAUAAUAUUAUGUUAAAGGUUACUGCGAAUAUUGACAUAAAUAAUUUCUCCCCCGAUGUUGGUAUUAAUGUUAUCUAUAGAUAAGAUUAUCUCUUUUUCUGUGCCGUUUCGUGUAAUUUUUUGACAGGCAAACUCCUAUAAUAACCUAAGUCAAUAGUUUGUUGGCUAUAAUAUUAUUAUUAUUAUUUAUUACUGUUAACUAAUGCAUAUAAACGAUUUGUAUUAACUCGUCGCUGAGUAAUAUAUACUGCCCAGCGCCCAUCCUGUUCACUCAUGCAUAGAUAAUGCCAACCGCCGUAAGGAUCAUUAACCGAUAUAAAAUACCAAAUAAAAACGCCUCACUUUGUUUGAUGAGGAAAUGAAAUUGAAUAAUUUAUCAAUUUAAUAAAACAAUUGAACGUGCAAUAAAUAAUUAAUUCCCUCACGUGAGAUUGAUAUCGGCCAAAAUUAAUUUUUCAAAAUUUGGGUGCAAAUUAAUUUAAUGUAAUUUUAAUCGGUCGCGGUUGGUGAAAAUUAAAAGCAAAUGUGGCUAUAUUUUUUAUAAUUUAGAUUCGUAUUCCCGACGGAAUACUAUAUUAACGAAUUUAUGCUUAAUUUUCCUUGAGCUGGUGGCAAAUACCCAAUUUCUCCUACCUAAGUACAUCUGACGAAAAUGUAUUUAUCAUUUUAUUAUGAAUAUAUAUAUACAACGUAGAACGCAAAUUUAAAAUGAAAAAAUACAUUUGCGUCAUGAUGUACAACACGUACGUUUGGUUUGUAAUAAUAAUAUUAUUAUCAUAAUAAUAAGAACUGCAGACCGAGUAGAUUACGAGAGGAAACUGGUAAAAUGUUCCACUGACAGUGUGAAAUAUUCAAUUUAGUCUGACGUCCACUUAACUCAACUAUACUUACUUCUACUGAGUCGCGCGUAAUUAUUGAACUCCGGUAGGUGAAAAUACAUUUUGCGAAAUUAAUUAUAACCACUUUGGCUGAAAUAAUUAAUUUCUACUAUUGUUCGCAGCUUCCAUUUGUAUAUUGAAUAUACUAUAUAUAGAUAGAUAUUACUUAACCUUAAAGACACCUACCUACAGAUAUUCGUUCGCUAAUCAUAUUUCUCAGGUUGUUUAUGUAGAUAGUAUAAAAAUGAGUACUUAUAAAACGUCGAUCGACCUACAUUAUAAGAACUCAGCAGUCACAAGAUUGAAUGUCUUUUAUACUUAAUAACCGAGACAUUCCUUGAACCUUUAUUGUUCAUUCAAAGUAAAACGGUCGUUUCAAAUAUUUAAAUUAGACUGAUUCGCCAGUAGUAAGGUAUGGGAGAAUCCAAUCAUUUUUACUGAACGAAAUAAUAAACCGUAAAUUGUUAACUUUUUUACUACACUCAAAAUCUAGAAACUGAUUAAAAUCUAUGAAAGCUCAAAUACGAAUAACGGAACCUUUAAAAAAUACAUUUAUUUUAAGUGUUCAAAAAUAUAUUUUUCAACUUAUUAUUCAAUUCAAAACCAAAAUAAAUAUCGAUAAUAUUAUACUCACUAAAUUUGAAUUAUUGAACAAUAUUUCAGUAUAGGUCAAAAUAGUUUUGUGUAACUAGUAUGUAUAAGUAUCACGAAAAUAAAGCUACAAUAAUAAUAUACGAAUAUUAUUUAAAAUAUUGUCGAAUUUCGCGGAUAAUAUUUUUUAAUUGUUCAAUAUUAUUUUAGGCCAUCACGUUAAAUAAUAAUAAUACAACUACGAGUAUAUCCAGUCAAGUAAACCCGUGCAGUGUGAUACUAUCAUCGUGUUUUAUUUCGCUAUAGUCGUAACAGACUUGUUGUUUAUUAAUUGCGUAGAAAGUUUUUACUGUACCUGCCUACCUACCAACACAUGGUAUAACGCAGGUACCUAAUACAGUAGGUAGCUUAGUUAUAAAUUAUUGCACAUAUUGCCCCCUACCCUCACCCCACCCACUUAACCUGCACGUGAUUAAUGGUGCUGAUAAAUAGUUUGCAAUGCACGCGUAUGUAGGUACGUUUUUAAUCUCGAAAUCCAAUUUUAUUUUUCAAUUUUUAUUCUUCCCGUAUACGCGCGUGCGUACCAAACACAGAGCUGGAUGCUUAUAUUAUAAUAGUCACCAAUAUAGAGAUUAUCCGCAUUAUUAUUCCCGUUGUGCAAUAAAAGCUUAUACGUUAUUUGUACCGAUAUUAUACCGAGAUAGCCCUGAGAGAUUUUUUUUUUUUUUCUACACGCCGCCGACUGAUUUCAAAACGCUUAAUCGUAAAUCGAUACACGUAUGUCACGGCCGCGGUAAUAUACGUAAGUGAUUUGACGACCGAGGUUUUAAAACCACAACGUAAUAUUUUAUUGGGAAAAAAAAACGUUCAAGUAAUAAAGUUAAAAACUCCGUAAUGCGUUUUUUCAUUUCGUUACACGCGUACUAUUAAGUAUUAUACCUAUAUCGGGAUUAUAAUAUUAUAAUAAUAUCUAUAUCGUUUUUGAUUUGCAUUCGAACAAAACGGGCAGGCGAAUACGAUACUUACCGCGUGUGUGUUUGUUAAAAUAAAAAAAAAAAUGUUAUCAUCACCUAUAUUACGUGCCUCAUACUGGCUCCAUUCCGCUGAAGCUGCUGAAGGAUUUGUUUAUUCGACCAGUGUGCAGAGCCCAUUAUUACACUCGCAUCAUUAUAAUAAUUAUAGUGGGUGCCUACAGAUUUUAGGUUAUAAUAUUUUUCACCUUUUACAGUAUUUUUAUUGCUUAUUUUUUUUUUUAUUUCGUCAUUAAUAUUUUCCAAUGUAUAUUUUGGAAUUGUAAAUAAUAUUAGUAAUUUUGUUAAAGCAACACUAAAAUCACGAUCCAGAUUCUAAAUUAAAAGUGUAUAUUUCAAAUUAAUUAAUGUUCUGUAUUGUUUGCCUCUUAAUAUGGUAAUGUGUAAAACAUCUAUCGAAUCUUUACCCCUUGCGGGUGUUAAACUAUUAAAUAAAUAAAUACAAUUAAAGCAUAAAAAAGUACAAAAAAAACUUCCUGCUUCCAAAAAUUAGUUUGAAUACUUUGAAUCUUGCUUAAAUUAUAUUAUUAUGCGCUGUCCUAGCGACAUUUCGGCAUUUUAGUAAUAUUUAUUAUUUCUGAGUGAUGCGUAUCGGAAACAUAAAAACAAAACAUAUUUUUACUAAAAAAUUAUGUAGAGAACAUCCUUUCUGUAUAUUGAACAAAUUAUAUUAUUUCUAACAAAAAAAAACACCAGUAAGUGUUUUCAAUUUAUGAACAUUUUUUUAUGAUCUUAUACGUCAUGACUGGGAUAUAAAACAGUGCGCUGUUUGUCAAAAGGUACAUUUAGGUAUCUAACUGGAUUCAGAAUUUUCGUAAUAUUUUAAUCCUAUAUACAUUUUAUUUGAUGAACAAAAUGCAAAAUACAUUUUUUACUUUUCCAACACUAUUGUACUUAUGUAUUAGUACCAGAAGUAUUCCUAAUACCUAGACAUCCUCCGCUUAGCUUUUUUACAUGUUAUGAUUUUAAAAAAAUUAAAUGAAAAAAAAAAGGUAAGGUAAUGGGGACGGGUGUAGCCACUGAUGUAGGUGGUAAGUUUAAAAGGUAGGAUAUAGACGGGAAUUUAAUGUAUAUCUGUGAGCAACGAUAAAUAAUUGCUAACGAAAAAACGAUUCUGAACAGAGUUCAAUUAAUAGUGAUACUUUAUCAAUAAUCUAUAUGUUAUUUUACAAUAAAAAUAAUUAAAUAGGCUUUAUAUAAAUUUAUUUUAAUAAUAUUUAUUUAAUGAUGUACCGAUUUUCCCAAUUUCCCCAAGUUUUUCCCGGUUGUCCCAUGUUUUAUCCCGGUUUUUCACAUUUGCUGUAAAAAUUCUUGGGAAAAUCAAAAAAUUACGUCUUUAAAGUACCUUUCCUGUGAAAUUUACUUUCAGAAAAGAUGCUACACAGAGAAAUCGGAGCAAGUUUUCUGGUAGAAAAAAUUUGCACAAAUAAAAAAAAAAAAUAAUUAUCUUUGUAAAACCAUAAGCUUCUUCGCUUUCACUCAAAAUCUAAAAUGGUUGAAAAUUAUUUGGAAACAUUAUCCAGAUUUUAAAUGACUAUUACUUAUUUCUCAUUUAUCUGGAUAAUAUAAACACAUAUCUACGUAUCUGGUCUAUAGAUAAACUAUAACAUUUAAAAACACGACUUCAGGUUGUACAGUAAUACUUAUAAUAUUGACCUGGAGAGUCACUAUUAACGUCAGUCCAAAACUUACCGAUGAAUAGCAACAAAUAUUUUUGAAGUAUGUUACACAAUAAUACAGUAAAUUACCGUUUUUAAGAGCGGGAUGUUAAAUUACUGCAAUAAAAGAAACCAUACUUUCUCCAAAACAUAAAAUAUUGUAGCGUGACAUCGUCAUUUGCACCAUAUAUCCUCUGUUUUGACAAAAAAAUCUUCCAAAAAACCUUAACUAUAUUUUUAAAUACCUACAUAGCCUAUAGUUUUGGCUUGUGAGCCUUACUUUACGUGUUGAUACGAAUAUUAUUUUAAAAAUUACAAGAAGAUAGAAUAUUAAUAAUGAGGUGAGAAAAAAAAUCAUUAAACAUUUUAAGUUUUUUGAUUUUAAAGAAUUAUAACUCAAUGGUAUACGAUCUAAGGGUUUAGGCUUCAGUGAUUAGUAAUUAUUACAUUGACAAUUUGGAAACGUUUAAGUAUACUUAUCUAUUUCUUUUAAAAAAACGUUCAAAAUGAUAGCAUAUCUCAUAAACGCCAGUUAAUGUAUAUAUUUUUUUUAAUUAAAACUGUAGAUGAGGCGAUGUACCACUCACCUCAUUUGGAUAUCAGCUACUACCUACAUAAUAUUGUUUUCGCGUUAUAUGUGCAUUUUUCUGUCAUUUGCGGUAGAAAAAGUGCAGAUUUUUCUAUACCCGUAAAGUCGAAUUUAUAAAAAUUAAAAAUAAAAAGGUUCUGUUAUUAUUAUUUUUUGAGUUAUUAAGAAUUUAAAACAAUCUCUUUAAUUAAGAGUUAAACAAGAAUUAAUUAAUACUCGUUGGUAUAGAUUCGCUAAAAACUUCUUAUAAAAUUAUUUGCCACACCUAAUGCUAUACAUUUCUAAUUUAAAUAAAAAAUUAUUAUAUUCCACGGAGUCAAACACUUUUUUAACAAAAUUUAAUAUGUAUUAUAAAAAAAAAAGAAAUUAUACUGGAAAUAGGUGUGCCAUUGUUGUAGUUGGUGAGAAGUUGAUCCCAAAUUAAUUACAUUUUUCGAUAAACUAUUACAGACGAAAUAUGAUUCCGAGCGAAGCGAAUAUUUGGAAAUAUUGUAAUUGUUACGAUACCUGUCAACAUUUAAAUUUAAAAUGUUUAUAAAAGAAAAACUAUUAUAUUACGCUAAACUUUUUACCGCAUUAGUACAACUUGUAAUAAGCCUCGUGUUAAAUUUGGCCAAACAACUAUAUCCACAUUAAACAAAAUAACAACUAAAAAGAACUCAAACAUUUCAAAUGUCAAAUAGAUAUCUCAAAAUUAGCCAAAAUGUUUUAAAUAUAUUACCACGUCUAUAAAAGUCAUAUUAGGCACUGAUUAUUUCAUAAAACUGUCCGAUCUUAUUAAUAAUUUUUAACUCAAUUACAAAAAAAAAAAUACAAAAUCGAAAAUAAUUAAACCUUAAACGUCGUACAAAUUCCGGUUUUUCCAAUGUUUUUUCCAGAUAUUAGGAAAAAUACACAGGAAAUCAAAUAACCUAAUCAAUGCAACGACGAGAUACAAAAUGCUACAAAAAAGCUCUCUUGAUAUUUUUUUGAUUUGAGUAUACUUCUGGUAGGAAAAAUGUACACAAACAGAAAAACAAAACCACUUACAUAAUUAUAAAACCUACACAUUUCUAGACCCGUUUACACUCAAUUAAUAUUAUUUACUCAGCUAGGUAGGUAAAUCGCUUACCUUCCGGCUGCAGUGGCUUACCCAUGAUGUGCAGUGCGUCUGGUUUGUUUCAAAUUAUUUGUAACAGAAUGAAAAAAGAAAAACAUAAACACAAAUAUGGCAUUUUCACUUUAACCUAAGUAUAUUGUAUAUUGUUAUAACGGAAUAUACGCACUCCCCGCAGGACAACCGAGAAAAUUGGAUUUAUUAAAAAUCAAUAACUAUCGUGAUAAUAAUAGGUAUCGUACACUAUAAUACUUCUUAGAACAGUUAAGUUUUUAAUAUUAUAAUGUUACCUUUGGCCUAUAAAUAGACUAGUACCUAAACUUACCGUAUUAUAUUAUCUGUAAUACCUAGAAAAAUCAAUACGUCAUAUUAUGUUUUUUUAAUCAUACAUUAUUAUUAUACACCGUACUCUGUUCUAAAUACACGCGUUUUUUUCUUUAUUCAUAAGGUUAUAUUUCUGUGAAAUAUUUGAAGCAUCGAUAUUGUAAAAUUCAUUCGGUAAAUCAUUUUCAUUCGAAAAAAAAAGACCUUCAUAUUUUAGAGUGUAGGCAGGGAUGGACACGAUACUCGAUACAUUUAAAUUCAUUAUAUUGGUAAGAGACAUUAGAUACCUAUAUUUGCAUAACAAAUAUUGUUAACACAAGAUCUUCUAUACAAACUUGCAUGCACCAACCAGAAUAAACUGCAUUAACAUUGAAUGUUUAAAGUAAUGCAUUAUUGUUAUACUGUUAGUAUCUAAAAAUAAUUUAUGAAAUCCUCAUUAUUUUAACACACACUUUGUAUUUUAAAUCGAUUUUUCGAAAAGCCAGAGCAAAAAAUGACCCAGGUAGCCCCUCAUUCGAGCGCCUAUAGCCAAUAAACUUUAAACUGAGUAUCGUGAUAGAAGAUACAAGAUACAAUGUAAUCCAAGAUACUAUCUAAUCCUUGUACCUUAGUAUAGGUAUACCUAAACAUUAUAUAUAUAUAUAUAUAUAUUAAAUUACUCUUAUUUAACAUAAAUUUAAAACAAAGUUUUCACGGUCCAAAUGGCCUUAUUUUAUAGUUUUCAAACUUAACAAAUUUGUAUAUAAGCAUUAUAGUGCUACUUAUUAAAUUGAUAUUCAAAUUAUAAAGAAAGACCUACAACCUUCGCACCGUUGAUAGGCUUCUGCAGACGUAUAGGUGAAAAGUUUGGAAGGUAUAAGAUGUGAGGUAUUAUAUUUUAUGUUCCGAAAAUAACGAUAAAUAAUUCAAAAAUAAUUAUGCUCGGUACACUAUAUAGUAAGAUAUAAAUCGUGUUUUUCGAUUGUGUAGCCGAAAUAACAUAGAAAUCAACAGAAAUAAACCAACGUAUCGUUAUUCGUUUUCAGUGUUUGUAUUUUUUCGAAAAAAUUGUGUUGGUCACAAGGAAAAUAUGUUCAAAUAAAGGACUUAACAUAAAGUGAAUAUUUUGGAUUAUUUUUACAAACAGGAAAAGUGAUUUCCGGGGGAAAAAAAUCACAUCAUCGUAAAACGAAUAUAGACUACACUUCGCUAUAUAGCCUCUGACUCAGAAUUUAAAACACUAAAAAUAAGAUAUACAACGAAUGACACUUUAAACAUACGUUAAAUAUUAUUAAUAAAAUGUCAGAUACCAUGAGUAUAUUGGAAUAUUGUUGUUUUUAUUUGUUCCCCGUAAAAAAAAAACAUUUUUUAAGCCGUUAAAUUGUGAGUGGACCGUUUUUAUUAUCAAGCCCUCCGAUAUUUGAAUCAGAAAUUGAAUACGGAUAGCACAUUUUUCAAAAGGUCAUUCGUCGAAUGUCCUCGCAGCUUAUAGAAGGUUUACGAAUAGCCGCGGAAAUAAACGGAGAAAGAAAUUGUACACAACCAUUUGAAUUUACGACACGACCGUAUUUCUAUAACAAUACACAUUAUUGGCCAUUUUGUUAUCUUCAGUUAAACCGAUAGUUUCAUUAAGAAUUCAAUUUUUUGAAUGCAACGAUUUAUCAUGUUGAUUUUUACAUAUUGCGAUGUUACAAUAUGAUGGACUGAAUAAUUGAUGAGAGAGAAUGAAAAAAUAACCUGUGUAGUUUCUGUGCCUUUGUCUGUGGUUGUCACUUGGUAAUAGGUAUAUUAUAAUAUAAGUAUUGGUUUUCAAAACGCGUUUCAAAUAAUAAUAAAAACCGUAUAUAUAUAUGAGCAUGUCGGUCGAACAGUAACACAAAAAUGAAAAAAAAAAGAUGCUUUUUUAUAAAGUUCAUCCUUCAAAGGAUAGCUCAGUCUUUAUUAUUAUUACCUAUGCUGUACUAUACGUAAAGGUUUGUAAAUUUACAUACACGGAUGGAUCCGUUCUGGAAGCACUUCGACGCUCUAUUUCGAAAUGCAUCUCCUUAAGCACAGGGGCUUUGGUAUUUUUAGAAUAAAAAUUGAAUUUUGUUUUUUGUUGAUUUAUGGAUUACCUUGGUGACACGGAUGAAUAAACAGUUAUCAUAAGUUGAUUUAGUUGUCACGAAAAAAAAAUGAAGUACUUUUUAUAAAAAAAUAAAAUUACCGGGUAACUGCGAUUAUAACUGUAAGGGAGAGAAAGGUGGAGACAGGGACUCACGGAGAAUAUUUCUAUUAUAAAUUUUGUGCACGAGUUUUUUUUUCGAUUUAUGUGGAUGUAUAAUUUGUCCUUUUGUUGCUUAAAAGCGCAAAAUUGUAAUACAAGGUUUAUCAUUAGUCUUUCUUUUCAAUGAUAAAAUAAAAAUGAACGCAUAGGAUAGUUUUCUUUAUUCCUUUUUUUUUUUUUUUUAUGUAUAAUAAACGUUUGAAAUGCAAAUUUUUGGUAAAAUUGGUUAAAACCUAAAACAAUGUUUAUCAGAAUUCCACGUAUAAGUGAAAUAUUUAGUAUUCUGUUAAAAAAAAAAAAGAUAAUGCCAAUUUACUCUAAAAUAUAUUAUUUAUUAACGUUUCAAACUUGUCCGUCCAUCAUAAUCGCAUACUGUUGUACGUUUUAAUACAUAAUCAAAAUAAUAAUUAUCGUGUGUGUACCUGCGAGCUCCUUAUACCUGUUUAGCAUAAAAAAAUCAUGUAUAAUAUAACAUUUCAUAUUUAAAAAAAAAAAAAAAAAAAAAAAAGCAUUACACAAAUUAAAUAUUUUAAUGUAUUCAUAUGCAAUUAAGUAAUUGUACUUCGGAUUUCUCGGUUCUUAAUUUUAAAACCAAUUGGUUUUAUUACACAACGUAUACUUAAGAUAUUUGUAUGCAUUUUAUAAUAUAUUUUAGUAUUAAUCAAAGAUAUAGUGAAUUUAUUUGCGUAUAAAAUGUAUUAAUAGUUAAUUCAAUAAUAAUUAUAUGGGUAUUAUAAUAUAUAAUUAAUUUUGCUAGUGGACAGUUGUGACGGUUAAGUAUAUAACGUAAUAAUUUACUUUGUAGUGCAACGAUAUGAAUUAUUGCAAUCAAAAAUCUAUUCCAUGCGAAUCUAAAUAAACUGAUGGUAAUAAGUUUAUAAGAUUAAAACUUAUAACCUUACCGUCAGUGUUAGUCGUAGUUUUUCUCUUUGAAACCAAGGUAAUCAAAAGAUCGAUUAAAAUAAAAUUUGAGUAUCAAGUAAUUUAUUAUCAGAUUUUAAAAAUUUUUCAAAAAAAAAAAAAAAAACUAUUAGUAAUCUAAAAAAAAUGUAUUUUUAAAAAAAAUUACUAUAUACCGACAAAUUUUAAUCUUUUAUGGAACGGUGCCAUUAUAAGAAUUUAUCAAAUUUUGUUUUUGCAUAUCCUAUAAAUUCUUAAAUGUUUGUAUUGUGUACAUAUAAAAUGUAAUAUAAAUUAUACACGCAUAUACAAGGUGGCGUUUUACAAAUGACAAAAAUUAUGCACCUACGUACUCGUGGAUUUUGCACCAGGACAACGCACCUGCCCAUAACGCGCUAUCUGUGAAGCAGUAUUUGGCCGGUAAGCGCACUCCAGUGCUCGAACACGCGCCGUACUCGCCAGAUUUGGCACCGUGCGACUUUUUUUUGUUUCCAAAGAUAAAAUCUGCUUUGAAAGGGACCCGAUUUGAGUCGAUGGAAGCGGUAAAGCAAAAAACGGCAGAGCUCCUAAAGGCCCUCACAAAAGAAGACUUCCAGCACUGCUUUGAUCAAUGAAAAAAACGUAUGGAAAGGUGUGUGGCGAGGGGAGGGGAGUAUAUUGAAGGGGAGCAUUUGAAUGUAGAAUAAUUUUUAUAAUAAAACACUUUUUCGUAACCAGUCUCGUUGUUUAAUAGCCACACCUCGUAUACAUCACGUUAGGUUAUGUUAGUAUUUAUGUAUAAGCCAUUUUUUUUAGACGGCGGUCUAUGAAUCACAGGGACAGUCAGAUAAGAUCCAUUUGAAUAAAAAACUCUGAAAAGGACAAUAAUUUAUAAAACAGAGAAUUAAUGUUCAAUUUGAAAAAAAAAUAAACGAUUUGUUUGACGAUUUGAAUCUUUCUAUAAUUCAUUAACGAUAAUACUUAUAUUACGCAAGUGGAUAAUUUAGAUUCUUGAGAAAUAUUUUAUAAAAUCAAACUUAUCAAACUAGGUAUCCACAAAAAACCGAAAAUAUUUUUUUCAAAAAACCACAAAGAAAAAUCAUUAUGUGAAAUAUAAAAUAAUAUUACAUUUAAAGAUUGACAUAAAAUACAUACCCAUAUGUUCCUUAUGUAACUUUGUCUUUUCAUUCAUUGUAGUAUAGGUAAACUAUAUUUUUAAAAUUGUACUUUUAUUUCAAAAAAGUUUCAUUGUUAGCAUGUUUAAGAGUUAAGAGCCAUCACAGCGGCAUUUGCCAUUUAUGUCUGGGUAAAAUAGCAAACAUAAAAUGUUCACAUAACACAAGCGAGAAUGCCUUUUAAAAUAGAUAUUUGAGACAUAACAUUUAUUUUGAAAUGAACAAAUUUUGAAAAAACCUUUGUUCUUUGUCGGCAUAGAUAUUAUAAUAAUUUUAUUAUUUAACUCAUCGUCGAUUUUUUUUUUUUUUGUUAAAAAACUUUCGUUUUUUAAUAUUUAAUUAAUAAUCUAGUUACAUAAAAAAAUAAUUUCUUACUUUUGAGGCUGUGACAACCAAAUUAAAUAUUAAUAAUUGCUUUUUUAUACCCGUGUGCUCAAGGUAAUUCAUAAAUAAUAAUAAUUAAAAAAAAAAAUCAAUUUUCGAACUAUGAGAUUUAAAAUCAUAUGCCAAUCACUCUUAAGGAGUUGAAUUCUGAAAUAAAAGUAAUCUAAAUUAUACCCGAGUAAAUAUUAUACUUAACAGUCUCAACAGUGAAAGUCUCAUUAACGAAAUCAGCUCAACACCGACAGACAGACAUAAUAUAUACCUAAACGAUGAAAGUUUGUUUAUAAUAUUAUAUAGAUGUCAACAUACACUGUUUUAAAGUGGUAUUCGAAAUGUUUAAAAUAAGUGUUUUACCUCUAAACCUUAUUCUAAAGGCUUUUUCGUUUGUUUUACGUGAGCACAUCAUUUUCGUUAUAUUGCCUGUUAUAAAAAAACUGCAGAGACGGAAAAUGCUACUGCGCUUUGAUGUCUUCAAUCUUCCGAUAGUAGUAUUUUUCGUAUUUGUGAUUAUAGUGAAAUUUUCGAUUAAUUUAACGUUCUCCAUAGGGGCCAGAAAUGAUGAUAGCUUUUUAAAUGUGACCGUCUUAUAGAGGUGACAGUUACUAGAAGUAAGUUAUUUCUAGGAGACCUCUAUAUAUAGAGUGUAAGUAAAACUUAAGAAAUUUUCUACCAAAAAACUUGCUCCAAUCAAAAAUACGACAAGAAAGCUUAACUGAGAGUUUUUUUUUUUUCAUUUCCCGUAUGAUUUUUCUAAUAAUGGGACAACCCGUCAAGAAAACGGAAUGUACGCAAUAACGAUUUCGGUUGAUAUCGAUUUUGUUUUAAUUAAGUUAUACAUUAUUCGUAAUUUAUCCGUUGACCUGAAUAUUCAACGUAUACUCAAGUUUACUCUUUAUAAACGUGGUAAACUUGAACUGUUUAAAGCCAAUUUGAAAUACCAAAUAAAAUACUAGAUAAUUUAGUACUAGGUUCAUCAUAAGUUAGUUAAAAUAAAAUUUGAGCUUAGAGUAAUAUUUUUACAAUAAAAACAACAUACGAAGGAAUAUGUGACGAUAAAGGCCAUCUCAUUGAAUGAUAAACGAAAUAGUGUUUUAUUAGAAUUUUGAAAGAGUUACGUCACAUCUAAAAUGUUGUCUUUUUGAUAGUAAAAUAUUAUACUAUAUAUUUAUUUAGUUUCGUUUUAUAAUUUUUACGGCAUUUCAGUAAUUUUAAUUUUUAUCGUAAGGUUGAAUAUUUUUAACUAAAUAUGUUUGGGUCUCAAAUAGCGUUGCGAUUAUUACUAUAUUAUUAUCACUUACCGUUAUUAUAACUCAACGGGUUGGGAAAGUGGUAAAGAAUUUGAACGAUAAUAUGUCUCGGCAUAAUAUGUGUAAAUUUCGGCUCGCUCGGCGCUAAGUCAAAUUCGUUUCCGGAAAACAGAAAGCUAUAAAAACGAAAAACGUAGUAAUGGAUGAAGUCAUUUUUUUUUUUUCACUUGUAAAUCCCGUCAAAUGACUAUAGGACUUUUGGUCGGUAAUGUAUAACGUUUACUUCGUUGUCCGGCAUUACGCACGCUGCCACAUAAAAUCUUGUCGGAACGAGCAAAAAAUGCGGUUUGACGCAAAUAAAAACAAAAUAAUGCCGGCGUAUUCGAUAGUUAUCAUCAAAAGCUAUUUUACAUGCGAUGAACGCAUGAGCCGUCAUACGCGGUUGUAACGUUUGAUAGUAUGCACGCGAAAACCGUAAUGAUGUGCGCUUAUACGACCGAAAUGUUCGUACCGUUGUAUGUGAUAUUCGUAACAUGAUAAUAUAUGAAGAUUGUUAAUUUCAGGCAUCAUUGCGAAAACAUUGCCGACCAAAUCUAACAUUGAAUUAUUAUGUAAUAAAAAUAUACGAUACAAUAAAGUUUAGUAAAACUGCACAUACUGGUAUGGUGUAAUGUACCCACAAAACCCGUAUAACUCUAUUAAAUAUAAAUUAUUUGAAGAAAACGCAUUUUUAUCAUUAUUUUGUUUUUUUUUUUUUUUGUGAAAUAUUUUAGUUUCAACGUACGAAAAUAUUACAUCAAAUCCGUUUGUUUCACUCACGCGCACUAACUUUACAACCUAAAAGUCUCGUCGUAUUAUUUUUCUGGCCCCGCGUUAGAUUCGUAAGCAUAUUAAUUGUAUUGCUUAUUGUAUGUAACAUAUAAAAUAACAAGUUUAUUAAAUAGCGCUUCCAAGUUGAUAUAUUUCCUCCUUUCAUAGUCUCCACUCAAUUCACUUUCAUUGGUUCAUAUAUUUUUCACAGCACCUUCCCCAAAAAGAUAACGAAUUUCUCCAUAACCCUUGGAUUGCAAACCACGUUUCAUAGAUGUGUGAUAUUAUUGGACGUAGGUAUGCUAAAUAUAUUUUCUCUUCGUUCAGCUUUAAUGGCAUUUUUGAACUUUAAAAUAUAUAUAGUGAAAUAUAUAUGUAAUAUUCGUUGAGUUUAUUCUAAGUUUAACAUAAUUGUACAGAUACUUUUUCUGAUUAAUGUUCACUCCUAUGUAUUUGAAAUUGUUGGAAGAUGUAGUUCACAAUCGCCAAAUCGUUCUUAAUAGACGUGAUUCAUUAUCAUGUAAUUUAUUUUGGAUUAAUUAUUUUUAAAAGAAGAAUUACUGGAUGUAAUUCAUUUUUCCAUGUUUCUUAUAUUUCAUAUUAAUUUUAAAUAAUUUUUCAAAUAUAUUAUUAUUUGUACGUAGUUGAUUUUCAUUAAAUUUGAUUUUUUGACAAUAUUGUUUGACCAUUAAAAACUUAAGCUCUUCCAAAGAAAAAAAAAACAUGAUUACGGCACUGGCUGCUGAUAAUCCCUGUAUCUGAAAAUAACUUAAAAUAAUAGAACAAAAUAGAAUCGUGAUUAUUUUAAUCAUACUAUGAAAUUCGGAAAACCCGGCACUCAAGAUUUUAGCCAAAUUAAAUCCGUUGCUUAACUUUUAAAUACAUUUUGGUGUUAAAAUUUUUGAUUUCCGUCAACCCAUUGGCGAGAUAUUUCACUUUUAAGUUUAGGUAAGAGGAGAGUAAUUGAGUAUCAUUUGUGUGGCAGCACCGCGCGUAGCGUUUUAUAAGUGCUCCAUUACUCUCCUUUUACCUAAACUUAAAAGUAAAAUAACUCGUUAACGAGUUAACGUUAAAACCAAGAUUGGUAUCGCCACAGGAUACUCCUUAAAUGUUGUGAAAAAUCUAAGUAUUCGAAAAUAUCAACUUUAACUACACUUAAAAUAUCUAAAAAAUUUGAAUAUGAAUAAAUAUAAAGUUUAACAAAAAAAAAUUGGGUGAGCACUUUCAGUGAAUUCUCCUGUAUAUACGAGUACAACACUUGGGUUUUUUUUUUUUUAGAAUUUACCGCUAAAUAAAAAUCAGAACGAAGUCGUCGUAGUCAUUUUCUUUUUUAGCGUUGUAUUUAAAUACUACAAAAUAUAUUAUAGUUUCCUAUUAAAAGUGAAUUAAAUUUACAACAUUUAGAUUUGUGACUACAUUAUAUAUUAUUUAAACUAUAUAGGUACCGAAUUUUCGAGCUUGGUGUUGAUAUCGGCUUUUCUUUUUUUUCUUCGGUACCUAUAUCUAAAACUUUUGGCACAAUAGCCUUUUGUGUCUUAUGUAGCUACGGAACACUGCCGCGAUAUCAAAUGGCGAGUUCGAUUAUUUUGGCACACGUCCAUAAUAUAUGUUGCCCUUAUCUUACUAAAAGUCAGAUAGGUAACGGAAUAUAAUAUGUACGUUUACUGCAACGAUGGUCGUUAAGCAACCUGGAUAUCUUAAGUCAAGAUCAACAAAUAAAAUUCGACUUUAUUGGCUUAUCGAUAAGUUUGUUGGUGAUAUUGUAUACCUCACCUCGAUAAAUAACAACGCAUAUGUAGUAGAAGUAAAAUUAAAUGUAAAAAUAAAGUUCUGGAAAAAAGUAGAAUAAUAUGUUGAAGAGGAGUGUGGGCUUGAGGAGUGAACAGUCAAAUUUAAUAGACACCUCCCCCCCCAUAUAUUGGUAUAUGUUGUGACAUGAUAUUGUUACUGCGUAGUGUGUUUGAUACGGAUGCACUGCGGUUUUUCCGCUGAUGAAUAUGUGUGUGUGUGUGUUUAUUAUACGGUCAUUGUCGCGACAUAUACAUAUACAUACUAUUAUACUAAUAUAAAGACGUAUUACAUUUAUUAUUGACCGGCAGCUACCUAUCACACGGGAUUAUUUUUAUUAAUUUAUUUGCGUCCACCUAAUUUUUUAAUUAAUUUUCCACUACGGGAAUAUGGAAAUAAUCACUUACCUCGGUAUAAUGCUUGAAGUUCGCAAGAAGCUCGUUGCUCAAAUGUAACGAGCGGGAUACGUAUGGAUACUUAGGUUUCGAUGAAUUGUUACAAUAAACACAAGUAGGUUUUCUUACUGUUUUUUCACCAAGUUUACUAUGCCAAUAAUAGGAUAACAAUGAUAACAAAUGAUAAUGAUAACAAUGUGACUAUGCUUAGACGUCGGGUCACUAAUAAAUGACGACUUGCGGGAGAAUCAUUCGUUUAGUGUAACGAGUCGCUAGCCGAUGCGUUAUUGUAUAUCCAUUGUGCUUUAAAGUGCUUACUACAAUAUAAAUGUACAGAUAAUUGUUUAUCUUCAGUGACGACCACCAACUGCGAUAUGUUAAGUCAAUGCUCGAGUCGGUCGUGUGUAAUAUAGAGUGCGUAUUUAUAUUGGAAAACUUUACAGACAAUUGUUUAUCCUGAGUGACGACCGCCAACUGCGAUAUAAUAAGUCAAUGCUCAAGUCAAUCAGGCACAAUAUAUUGCGUGUGUGUUUGUAAAGGGUUAUGCGAAAAAAAAAUAUAAUAGGACACGUUUAAAUGUAUGAUACGAAACAAGAUGACAAUAUGUUACAACCACCAAGUUUAAAGUGAUGUGGAUUAACCAAAUACAGCAGCCCGCCUAUGGUAUCUGCAACUGCUGUAUAGGUUUGGACAAAUUUAGGUAGUAAGGAUGUUAGGUGAACAGGCUUCCGCUGGGCGAACCCAGAGAAGUGAAGAUUCGACGAAAAAGAUUUACCGAGUCUCGCGCGUUAUGCAAUACGUGGACCCCAUACGGGCGGACACAGUGACUACGGGGGGCGCCAGUGUGUGGACAAUGCGUAUAAUUAAUUAUGUAAUAAUUUAAUGGCGUACUUAUGUGGCAACACUGAAAUUUUUUUGUGUUAUAACUGAUAAUUAUACCUACUACGUCCCUUUGCUCGUUUAUUUCAUAAAUAUUGAACAUUAAUGUAUUACGCGUGUAUUAUAAUAUAGUUAAACUACAAUAAUUAAAAACCAAGUUUAUAAACCGGUGUAAAAUAACGCGCAAUGGUUGACCAUUUCGUUUUGUCUACUGUCCUUUUGAUAAAAAUUACAAAAACAGAUAUUUUUAAUUUAAAACAUCAUAAAAUCUGUUAAUAAGGACAACAUGACCAAAAAAUGGGGAUAUAAAAGACAAAAAUAAAAUUUUUGAAUUUGUUCUUUGUUUUGUAUCGAUAACUCUAACAUUGCAUUAAGCAAUUUUUAUUGCUCGCAGCAAUAACUUAUUGCUAACAAACAAAAUCAAUCAUUUUUGGUAAUGACCAAAGGACUGGCUUUAGUUCAACAACAUUUGUAUAACAUUUUGUAAAUAUUUACAAGUGUUGAUUAAAUCGUAUAAAAAUAUUGAGUUUCGUAAAAUUUGUUACUAAUACCUAUAAAUGAUUAAGUAUCAACCGCAGCAAUUAUUAUUUAAUUCGUGUUAAAAAAAAAAAAAAAAACGUCGAACCUGUACGUUUUCGCUUGUAUUCAUUUGUAAAAUGAUUUUGUUUUUUUAUUACAAUAUCGGUGGUUCCUUAUAUUAUCGCAAGUUUAAAUGGGAGUAAAAUAAAUAUAGUAGUGAAUACACGUACACAUAAAUCUAACAGUAACUUUAAAGUACUGAAGAAAGGUUUCACGAUAAAUGCAAAAAACAAAAGUAUACAAUACAGCCACUAAAACAGUCUCGUUUUGAACUUUUCUUCAUAAUAAAACAUCUUACGGUUUUACAAUAGGUAUAUAGUUUUUAGCUGCAAAGACAAUUGUCAUAUACGACCGUCAACAUAUACUUAGAAAACAUUUCGUGUGCACAGUCUUCAAAAUGUAUUUCCAAUAUAUGUUUGGUAAAGGUAUACUAAUACACUGAUUAUGUUAUUUUCAAUAACGAACCGUUAGUAAUUAUAAAACGACUUUACAUCACGGUGCGUCGACUCACUACAGUUAACACACACAAUUUUUCUCUCGUUGUUUAUUGUCCAAAAUAUAUAAUAAUUCAAUAAUGUGUCAUUUUCAGCAAGGCAAAGUCAAAACGGUAAACUUUGGACCAGAAUAACCACCCCCCAAAAAAAAAAAAAUAUAUAUAUAUAUAGAUAUUUAAAAAUUUAGUGAAGUCAGUCAGAUUACAAUAAUAAUAUAAUAUUCCCAGUUACAGAUUCCCGAGAUCCGGACCAGUGUAAAAUAAUUUAAAUCUAAAAUUUCGAGUUAUAAACUGCUUUUACUUGCAGAAUAUAAAAAUUUUAUUAUGGCUUUUAGUUCUACCAUAAACCAAUAGUAUUAAAUUAACUAAGUACUUAUACCUAAUUUAUUGAUUUAAAAAAAAAAAAAAAUUUCCGGAUUCACUUAUGUCUACCCAAAAUGCACGUGAAAACCAUAAAAAAUAAUCGAAAAAAAAAAUAACUGGCACGCGACUAUGAAAACAAAAUACAUUACAAAUAAUAUUAUAAUUUAUUAUAUUCUGUCUCGUAUACGCUAUAGAAUAUAUUGCUGUUGUUAGGUUCAUAAUAUACUUUUAAAGGAUACACAAUUCAUAUUUCUGUCUUAUAUAAAUUUAUAUUUAUUUUAAUGCCAUUUAUUUAUUAGUGUGCGCUGAUGAUGUCACUGCAGUAUUAUAUGCAAACGAUAUAAUACAAAUAUUAUUUAAUUAUAAUCAUGAUUUAUUUUUUUAUUUUUUUUUUUGUUUCAGAAUCUAAAAAAUCAGAUAAUGACGACCAAUUUGUGGGUGGAACAGGUAAAAUAGUAUUUUAUUUUCAUAUCAUUCGUCCAAUUGUAAAAAAUAUUCGCCCCUCACCCUCCCUUGCAAAUAAAUCAUUAUAAUAAAGGAGGUACUUGAUGAACAUUUUUAUAUUCACUAUACACGAGUUUAUGUUAUUAUACACAUUAUUUGUAUUAGUCUGUUCUGUGAUUCAUCCCUUUCUCUACAUCGAGAUGCCAAUCGAUAUACUUCUUUUUGUAUAUAAUAUGCACGUGUUUACGGACACAGUUUUUUGUUACACUUUUUAUACUUACGUAUAUAUAUAUAUACUAUCGUUGUUCUAUCGUUAUGGACAAAAAACCACUAUUGUUUCAAAGAAUGAGUUAUCGAAAAACCCGGAACUAAGAAAAAGGCGGUGAAAAAAAAUAUAUCAAUUUAUUAAAAACAUCGUGAUUGAUACCUAUACCCAGGUAUAAUUUUAUACAUCCACAUUUUUUUUUCGGAUAGAAAAAGGUAUAAUUAUUGUACAGUUAUCAAUUUGGAAAUUAAAAUAUUUAAUUCAGUAAAAUUUAAAAUCUGGAAUUCAGGUUUUUUUUAGAUAUCAAUAUAAAUCUUAAUAUAAGUUUAUUAAAUUAAGUAUAUAUUUAAAUAUUUUAAUAUAAAAUUCGCUAAUCGCUGUAAUCAAACGCGAUGUUCUCAUUUGUUAGCUAUAAUGAUAAUUAUGGCUAACAUUUAUUGGCUAUACUAUAAAAGGAUAAGAAAGGUAUUUGGUUUAUUAAAAAUAUACAAUAAAAAUGUGCUAAAAUAUACCAUAAUCAUAUUAUUAAAUAAGUACUUAGAAUACUAAAACAUGUUUGUUAAAAUUCUAUUUUUAAAAAAAAAAAAGAGAUACUAAUCUGAAUGAACUCAUCCAUUAAUGUACGCCAACAAAGUAAAAUAUAAUGAACACUUAAAGUAUGAAAACAAAUAUUUUAAACGGGUGUGCCACUGUUGUAGAUGGGAAUUUGGGAAAGUAGGGUACAUAAAGUUAUUUAAUUUAUAUCCGUAAGCACAGCGAUAAACCAUUGCUAACGGGAAACGAUUCGGAACGAAGUUUAAACUCAAUUUAAUUUUUUUUGCCCACUAAGUACAACUUAAAAUGAACCUACUGUCAAAUUGUCAAGUUUUUCUGUUAAGUCUAAUAGUUUUAUCCACAGAGUACCUACCAAAUAAAAAUUACGUAAAAAACUCGCAAAAUGUAAUUGUCCAUAAAUAACUAAAAAAAAAAUGUUACCAUGUUUAGAAAAUCGAUUUUUCCAAGUGUCAAAUGGUGUACGAAUAUUAAAAUUACGAUUGCAAAUGGUUACAAAUGAAAUAACGAUCAUUGUUAUCAUUCUGGAGUCUGUAGAACUAAAAAAAUACUGAUGGCGGUACUGGUGUAACGGUUGCACCAGUUUCGCAAUUUGAAAAUCGGUUUUUCCGAAUUUUGAGUGGUGUGAAAAUGUUAAAAUCAGGAUUUCAAACGGUUACAAAUAAAAUAUCAAUCGAUAGGAUAAUUAUUUACAUUGAUAUUGGUGGUACACUGGGAUAACGCGCCUGUUCAUUCACUUUUCGGACUUUCAUUCCGAUGAAUUAAUUUAAGAUUAUAUUUUUUAAAUGCCAGACAAUAAUACAUAAUAUUCUAAUAUUAUUCGGUAGGACAAUAACGAAGAAAUUCCGUUGACCAUGCUUUCGCGGCUCGUCCGUGGUCGACGACUCCGGGACACGUACUCGUAAAUUGUUUUUCGAGAAGUAGUACGAACUGAGUAAUCUAAUUUCGAGUACAUUUUUUAAUGAGGUCCUGAAUUUGGAGUUUUAAUAUUAUUCUUAUAAAAACUAAAACGACCGAGUUGAAACGGGGUUGAAGUUAAAUAACUUUAUAUAUCCUACUUUUCUAACUUCCCACCUACAACAGUGGCGUACUCUUCUCCGGAAUCGGUUAUUUUUUUUUUUUUUAAUUAUGUAAGUAAUUGCUCAUGAACUAAAACUAACAAUAGCACUCAUAAUUAUAUUAGUUGAUAAUGUCAAUUAAUGGAAUAAAUUAUAUUUGAUUAUAUUUGUUAUAAAACUCUUGGUUUUAAUUGGUUCGACAAUUUUACCUGAAUAUUAUUGAACUUUUUUUUUUUUUUUAAUCAUUGUUUUAAUAAUUAAUACAUAUUAUUUCAGGCCUAACGGUCACGAAAUAAAUAAUAACUUGUAUGGUUAAAAUUGUUAAGAGUACAAUAUAUGAUACGUAAUUUUCUAAAUGAAAGUGUGACGUAUCCCAGUUAUUGAUGUGUGCCGUGUCACGUAUGCAUGUAAACGCAUAAUAAUAUAUUAUCUAUUGUUGACAUUUAUUAUAUUAGUAGGCCAAUAACAAAAAGUUAAAUAAAUAAAUCGACACUGUAUUGUAGCCUAAACAAGAGACAACACGAAUUCAACUCUACUUUGGAUUUUUCUCGAUAGGUCCUGGUUACUUACGAAUGACGUUACCGUAUUAUACAGUAGCCACAGGCAUUUUUGUAUUUAAGUGUUUUUUUUUUGAAUUAAAGGUUUAGAAGGCGGGGAUCUCGGUAAACCCUCCAAGACCCCACUCUAAACACCUCCCAUUGAUAAAUCUUUUCUAUGCCACUGACCGUAUAGAUUGCAACGUCCAUUCGUGGAAUACUACACAAAAGGCACAAGAAACGGUACAAGUCGUUGUUAAUGGGAUAAGUACCGCCUUUAAUACCUACUAUAUUAUAUUAUAAUAUCACAAUAUCGGUUUAUAAUGUGUCGUUAUUAAAUCAUAAUGUCAUAAAGGGCGCCUAGUUAAUAUUUACAUUAUCUCCUAUGGUCUAUCGAGCACGAAAAGCGCAUCGUAAUAAUAAUAUUAGAAUGUCGUACCUCGUGUGUGUGUGUGUGUGUACAUACUAAAAGCAGUACAUAAUUCGUUGGACGAACGUACACGUACAAUAUUAUAUAGAUAUCGCGGACGAAUUAAUGAACUAAAAUGUCUCGUCAAUUAAUAUAAUAGCCAAAGAUUAGAUUUCUCGUGGUUAUUGAAACGAAAACGCGUGUACGCUAUUCGAAGACUGGUGAAUGGUUGAUAAUGAAUACGGGCGUAUAGAUAUAAUAUUAUUACACCGAGAAACGACGUCCGUACAGCUGCUAAGCCGUGUUAACCGUGCGAAUAUUCAUAAUAAGUAAAAUGUGACAAAUGUCUAAAUACUGUUUUAGAGCUUAUCGAAAUAAUUCGUUUUAUACACAAACAAAUAAUAAAAACAAAAUGUAGCAAGAAGGAUGCAUGCCUAACCAGAACGUAAAACGAAAAUAGUUGAUACUGCUGGGUAUGGCACUUUUGUAGUUGAAUAGUUGAGAAGGUAAAAGUUAUUUAUUUUAUAUCUAUAUACACAACGAUCAACGAUCGAUAAAUAUAAUUAUAAAACGAAAAACAAUUCUGAGCGAAUUUCGCUUAUACCACGAUUUCCGUACAAAUUUGUAUUAAGACUUUUUUUUUUUAAUAUAUAUACAUAUUUUACAUUUAAAUUUUUUAACCGCUUACAAAUUGUUCGUUCGUUUUUACUCAAUUUUUACGAAAACUACAAAGAAAAUCGAAAAACGACUUUCUUAUUGAAUUGAAUACGUAGAUCCGAAAUACCACAAAAAAGUUCUUUGUGCCGUUUCUUGAUUUCAACAAGAUUUUUGAAUAAAAAUAUCUAAUUCUUUAAUUUAUAACCUGGUAAAGUUAAAAUUCGGUUGACCGUUGCCAAAACGCAAAAUUUUUCUAAGAGUUGGAUAAAACUUUGCGACAGUCAAUUUUAACAUUUUCAAUGUGAUGACUACGAAGAAACCGUAUAUCGAACUUUUUGUUUCGAAACUUUCUAUUUUAAAUUCAGUAGCUAUAGGGAAUUAUUAUUCAAAAAUGGUUCUCUACUUUGCUGAUUUGUAUGUAGAAAUUCGCCGCGGAACACUGUAUUCUACAAUCGUUCUUAAAUUUGAUUUACAAGAUAAGUACUCUCGAUACGGAUUCCAAAUCAUUGACCCAUAUAUUAUUAGAAUUGAUCCGGCUGGGAAAAAGUAUAAAGAACCCGGGCCAGCGAGUAGGACCAUUAAAAUUCCCGACGACGACGUAUGAAAAAUAGCACUCGUAGUGCAUUAUUGCGAGUCACAUUUUUCUAACGCACAUUGAUUGUGAUUUUUUUUUUAUUUGUCAGUCAUCCGCAGAUAUUCGUCUAUGAUAACUGUAAUAAUACGAUACAUAGUAUAAUUACAUUCAAUUAUAAUUAAGUACAGUAUAACAUGUUUUCCGAAAACCAUCCGAGAAGAAACUUUAAUAUAAGUAUCUACGUAUAAUAUAAUAUAUACAUAUAUUAUAAUACGUUAUAUACAUAUAUUAUGUUAUAAUGUAUACGGAUCCUGCAGAGGACGUGCAGUUGAACAGGUAAGGAUGUUAUAAAAAGAACAACCGGAACAUUUUCCAUAAUAAUGCGAUAAGUAAUUGCAUAGUUGGUUCGUAUAAAAACGGGAGAGGGUGCUGAGAGUUGCAAAUUUUUAAUAUUAAAAUCAUGCCAUGUUAAAAGCCAUAUAUAAUAAGAAGUUUUCCGAAAACUUCUUCCUGUUCCGUAAGUACGGCUCCCUACCAUAUAUAAUAUUAUAAUAUUAUUUUAGCGUCAAAAUUAUAUUCUAUGUAUUACUGCUACUAUAUGUAGAAUUUGGGUCACCGGUAAGUUUUCCGUUAGCAUUUGCUUACCGAAACUUCUUCGCAUGUAGUUCAACUCAUCCCUUUCGAUUUCCAAAACUGACGUGCGCGUGUAUAUGUGUAUAAUGUAUACACACACACACACACACACACACACACACACACACACACACACACACACACACAUGAAUAUAUUACAUUAUACGGAAUAUUAUUAUAUUGUAUAUAGUUUAAACUCGGACUUUUGUAAUAAUUCUUUUUACGCUAAAAACAACUAUCAAAAUUGCCGUUGAAAUUGGAAUCGUAUAAUAAGGUAAUAAUAAAAACAGUGAUAAUAUUAUUAUUUUCGUUGUAGUAUUGUUCAGUACAAGAAAAUUAUUGACGGUAAUAUUUAUACCUAUUACAUUUCGCAAUAACAUUGAACCAUCAUAUUACUGCCAACAAAUAUGUCAUACUUGUAUCUCGUACCCUUGUAACUUACGAAAAUCAGCAGGAAUAUUGCAUUAUUAACUAUAAGUAUAUCUAGGUGUUUUACCUUUUUUUUUUUUUCAUUAAUUGUAUGUAAUUGAUGUAAAAUAAAUAUCGAAAAUGCCGGAUGUACUAUCGUACAGGGGGUAAAUUACUAUUGUGUAUUUGAGAAGUUUGAAAGGUAUUAGACAAAGAGUAUAAUUUAGUUUACUAUAUGAACCGAAAUAAUCGAUGAAUAGUUACAAACAAAGAACUAAAGAAAAGAGAAACUCGGUAAACUUCUAAUAUUAUUAGUAUUAGUCGUGUUGUUUCCUCUCCGAGUAGGUAAUCUAGAAAUCAAAAAAAAAAUAAAACCUAUUCACUUAUCGUCAUUUAUUGUCAGCUGUUUUUUAUUUAGUUAUUUGAUAAAUCACAUCAAAUAAAGAAAAUUUGAACAUUAAUUAUAGUUAUAGUUAGCGAGGGAUCUAUUGGUUUUACUAUAAUGCGUAUUUUUUUCUUGUGUCUGUAAAUAAAUUUUCUAUCAGAAAGUUUGCUCUAAAGUAUGGACUAUAACACCAUUUCUGAAAGGUAAUUUUCAUUCGUCUCGCAAUUGACGUCUAUAAUACUAGCUAAGUUGUAUUUAGGAAAGUAAUUUUGAAAUUUCUCGAUUUUGGAAAUCGGAGAAAACAGAACAACGACCAAAAGCGUAUAUAAUCAGGAUUAUGUAGUAAAUUCCCGUGAGCUUUGUAAGUGGCAAGACAAAUCUCUAGAAAAAUACAAAACGAUGGGCUGUUAAUGAUGUACAUUGUUGGGUAUAUAUAAAUCUAGAAUACGAGAUGUUGAUCAUUAUUAACUAUUAGGUGCCUGUUGUCAUGAAACGGUACAAUUUAUCAGUAAUAUUUUUGAACGCUUAAAAAUAUUCUGUACAGUUAUUUUUCUUAAGCUGAUCAAUGCUAUACAAUUAAUUUAAUGUUGAAAGAUAGCGUUUAUAACGAUCUGAGUUCAACGUAUAUGAUAAAGAGAUUAUUGUUGACGAUGUAGGUGGCGAUAAAUCGUCACUGGCGAAAUUCAAGAUUUAUCCAUUUCACCCAAAAUAUGAUCUAUUUGAGUUGUGGGUAUAUAUACAUCUUAUUAUUUCUUUGUCGUGAUAGUAUUAUUGUUAUCACGGUAAAUAGUAACAAUAUAAUAUGUGAUUGUGUAUGUAAACGAGUUGAUUAAAAAACAAGAAAAUAUUAUGUUCUUUGCUAAUUCGUUUCGUAUAUUUUAAACAACAAAUUUACUUUAAAGAGAGUUGUAAGCAAGUUGUUGAAUUUCUUUGUUUGUCGAUCCUAUCUCACCCGGUGUUUAAAUGUGUCUCCGAAUACAAAUAAUAUCUAACUAAAAAAAAAAAAGAAUAUCUCAAUGUCCAAUUAUUAUAAGGCAAACAAGUGAGGUGAUCAUACUUGUACUAUACACAACAACGUCAAACAACAACAUAUUAUUAUGUGAGUACCCAAUUAGGGCUAACGAAAGUUAGCAUCUCCCGCAAUCGUUUCGCGGCCUGUUUGAAUUUCGGCAAUAAUAAUACGUGAUGCGAUAAGAAAGUGUAAUAUUACUAUACAGCAUGUGCAAUAAUUGUAUGCAAUCGUAAAAAGGUGGCUUUUAUAGUAUGGAGUAUUUUAUUAAGGGACAAACGUGUAGGCAAUUUGCGUUCGGCAUAGAUAACGUAGUUGUGUAAGUACGUACAGGUAUACAGUCGCAUGCACGAGUAACCGAUUUCACACUUGAAAAAUAUAUUGUUGCCAAAAGCGAGAGAAAAAUUCACACAGAACCGAUAUCGUUCAAUUUUCGAAAACAUAGCUACAAUCAAAAUAUUAUUCUUCUUUCACAUUUAUCCAUGUGCUCUGUAUGGGAAAUUGAUUUUCAAUAUUUUGGAUAGUCGCUUAUAAUAUUUUUUGGUAAAAUGCAUGCACGUGCUCAAAAUAAACUUGUAUAGCCAGUCAAAGGUUAAAUAAAAAAUAAAACUCAAUGUUCUAGAAAAAAUGAAUUACUAACUAAACUAUAAAAGAAUUUAAUUUUUUUUUUUUUUUUAAUUGAAAUAUUCGACUUUUUAACUUUGGUCUUAAUGUGUGGAAAAUCCGAUUUUUCACAAUUCAUUAACGUAUUAUUUUAUAUAAAAUCAGAAAUAAUGAAUUUCACAAGUAUAAAAGCUUCAAGAAAAAAAUAACGGUACACACAUCCUUUGUUGCAUCAGGGGUACUGUAAUGGUGGCCACUGUUGAAGGCGGUAAGUUGGUUAGGUUGGUUAGAUUAGGUAACGAAAAUUCGUAGCGAGGAAAAACGAUUCUGUCUUUUUUUUUUCAAUGCGGAUUGCACAUAAAUCUUUAAAUAAUAUGAAAAUAGUUCUAUUUCAAUUUUUAUAAAGGGUCCGAAAAAUCAAAACAAAUCAGCAAAAAGUCCAAAAUUCAAACGUUAGUCCUCAUAUUAAACAAAUUUGACUUUUAAAAUUUAGUAUUUCUAUUUUAAAAAAUGAAAAAAUAUUAAGGAACAUGAAAACAUUCAAAUAAACUACCACCUGUCGUGGAAAAUCUACAUGUUUUAACUUGUGCCAUAACUAACUAUUUUUGGAGAAUUUUUACUUACCGAAAAAAUGAUCACGACAAAACCAAUACAUUCCGCGCACCGUUUCAAUAGCGACGUAAUUCGAUUCGGUUUAAUAAUAUAUAAGACGAGAUAUUACUAUUAAUUUUUUCGUGGCGUUUAGUGGUCUGGAGGAGAAAAAUCGAGACCCAUUGAAUAGCCUAUACUUACGGGGUGAAACGAGAGACAUUAUGUGCAUACUUUCGCGAAAAAAUGGCGACACACGUGAGCAUAUAAUAAUAUUAUAAUACCUACCAGUCGUACAUCACUGUCAUCAAGAUUCUCGCCGUUGCCCGAAUGAUAGAUUCGACCACUUAAUAUUUACUGAGGGUCCCGUCGCGUCCCCAUAGACGAAGUAACGUUCCGUUAUUUCGAACGAAUAUAGAAAAAAAUGUCACCUGUCGAGUUUAUUCGCCACGUUUAUUGUUCUGCAUGUUGGUUGAAUACUAUAGGCAGGUAUUUUAUUCUGCAGGUGUUUUUAUAAAUGUGGUCUAUAAACACUCGGGGGAAGGAAAGUGGAAUUUGUUGUGUGAAUGUACCGACAAAUAAGAAAAAUUCCCUGCAGUGCAAUAUGUAUAUACUACACAGUUGUAGUCAAUCGAUUUUAAGUUGAUAUGUCUUUCGUUUGGCAAUUUGAGGCUAUUUGAAAAAGAAAACACAUUUUGCGAUAAAUCGUUCUAAUGCAACGUGUGGAUAAUAUAACCUACUCGUACCAAUGGAAUUGACUGAAUAGGAUAACCGAGAAAAAUAUUAUCAAAGUACGAACAAUAUUUUUCUCCAAACGUAUUUUUAUCAUAAAAGACUUUUCUACCAGAAAUAUUGCUCUGAUUUUCAUGUAUAGUACCUAUUCUGGAAAAAAUAUUUAUUUGAGUGAUACUAUUAUGAGGUCACUUUUGUAUUUUCCAAGUGGAUUUCAUAAUAAUUGCGAAAAACCGGGAAAAACGUAUACAAAUGGGUAAAUUUACGAGAUAAAUUUAUUUUUCAAUUUCAUUUUGUUGUUGUAAUUUAGUUAAAAAUAUUUAUACAGGUUUGAAAUUAGUACAGGAAAAUUAUACUUUGCUUCUAUAGACGAGGUAAAAUAUUCAAAACAUUUUAGCCAUUUUUGAGCUAUUUAUAGGUAUUUCAAUUUUACUAUCUUUUUAAGUAAUUCACAUUCGGUAGGAACUCCGUGGUUAAAAUUAUCAGACAGGACAGGAAUGCUUGGAAAAUUUGACAAGAGGUUCAUUAAAGUUGUAAUUUGUGGUAAUAAUAAAAUACAUUUAGUGUAAUGUGAAAUUUUUUUUCAUAAAAAUAUUCGUAACAAAUUUUGACAAAAAUCGUAAAUAUUGCGGCCUUUUAAAACAUGUUAAACCGAACUCCGCUCAGAAUCGGUUUUCGUUAACAAAGAUUAAUCGUUGCUUUCAGAUAUACAUUAAACCUCUUUCUAUAUCUCAACUUCUCAACUUCUCACCUACAACAGCGGUCCAACCAUCGUGCAAAGUGUGUCGGUCUUUGUUUUUAUUGCAUUUUCUUUAUUUAUUGGGAAUAAUUUCGUACUACAUUCGCAAAUCGUUUUUUCCAAAAAUCAAAAAUGUUUAUUAUAUUUCGUAAUUUGUAUUUGUAUAAGUAUUGUCCGUAUUGCUAUUGUUUUAGAUGUAGAUAUUAUAGAUUUGAUAUUCAAUGUUGGCGAUUUAUUAGGACAUUCUCCCUAUCACCGUUAUGUUGUCCCACACACCACAUCAGCAAUCGAUGAAACCGUUUAGAAAUUGUGUGUAAAAAACGUAAGAGAAAUAAUAUUGAAACCAAUAUUAUAUGUGAUUAUAUUGAUAUCAAUGUAUAACACGGUGUGUUGAUAAAUGUUCACGUUUUGCAGUGUAUACAUUAGAUCAAAUGGAAAAUCAGUUUUAAAAAUUGAAACUGUUUUCAUGAUAAAAUACAGAGGAUAAAUUUGGCUAUUGUUAGUUGGCAUUUAUUAUAUUUUAUUAGUUUUCGUUCGUAAUAAAAUGUAAUAAUAGUGAAUAGUUUUAUAGUAAAUUGCACGUAAUAUUAAUAUUCUCAUAUUCCUUCUAUGUAAUUUCAAUAAUGGCAUGGAAAUGCCUGUAUAUAAUAUACAGGGUAUCCUGCAGUGUUAUCCGAAUGCUAUAAUAACUCUAUCAAUAUUGGUUUUUUUUUAAUCGGGGUUUGUGUCAGAUUAGGUCCCUACGGGAACACAAAUUUAAUGGACAAUUAAACCUUUAUUUCUAUCACUGAAAAAUAAAAACGUUUUAAUUUUACUUUUUAAAAUGUUCAAAAUGUAUUAUUCUAAGAUUUUUAGUUUAUUAUACGUUUAUAUCUAGCGAAAUGCGUGAAAUACAAAAUUACCAUGUUACGCGAUAGCAAAUCACACUCGUAAUACAACAUAAGAUUUAAUGUUGAAAUAAUGAAAUUAAGACGGCUAUUACUAAGAAACUAUUAAUUGAUCGGAUAAAAAUGUAUAAUGCAUUUAAAUUUUCAGAAUAGUAAAGGUAUUUUACCAAAUGGCAAUUUCGAAAAUUUUAAAAAAUUAAGUUAUUUAAUUUUUCACUGAUGAGAAUAAAAAUGUAAUUUUUCUCUAAUGUAUCAAUGUUACCUGACGCAAAACCUGAUUGAAAAAUAAAAAAAUGAAUAUCGACAGAGUUAUUAGCAUUCGUGUGACACUAUAGGGCACCCUGUACAUAUAUAAAUAUAUAUUUUUUUUUUUUAUGGGCUCACUUAAAUUUUGAAAAAUAUCCUAUAAAAAAACCACUUUCUACAUAGUAAAUCGCGAGUCCCGUUUAAAGUCGUCUUACGAAUGUAAUGAUUUAUAACUGCUUUCGAGUUGAAAAAAAAAAAAUAAUAAUAACACAAAACAGUAUAGCGUACGCCGAAGCGAACGAUGCGAAACGAAUAUUCCAAACGCUCGGUUUUCGUAUAUCAUCCCGUCCAUAUUUUUAUUUUUUGUUUUUUUAAACUAAGAUUAUAAAUAAUAUUAAUAUCUUGUUUCGUAUCAACAGAAAUCGGUAAUUCAUAGUGAACAAUACUAUUGUUAUUAGACACUGAUAAACAGUCUGGUAUUUCAAAGUAAGACAAUGUAUAUAUACAUAUUUUUUUUAUCGAUUUCCUGUACGCCAAAAUAAUACAUUAUUUCAAAAUAGCGUGAUUAAAAUUAAUAUCAAUUCAUAUUUGUAUUACACAAUUGUUUUUUAAUAAUUAUAUGGUACCUAUCUGAAUAAUUUAUAACAUGUAGGUACCUAUACUUAAAAUAAAAUGCUAGUGAUCGAUUGUAAUAUUAUUUUAAUGGAUCUCUAUAGUAUUGGUAGUAUAGUAGGCAUACACAUUUAAUUUAUGUAAGGGCACUAUAUCAUUUGCUUUCGUUUUUUAUAAUAUUCCAAAACUUCAUUUUAUACGAGUACUGUACGGAUGACUUCAUAAUAAAAUCAACGUUAAAUCAGUAUGAUUAUAAAGAUGUCAGGCGAUAUUAAAAAAAAAAAAGCGUUUCAAUAGAUUUUUGAGUAUUUGAAUUUGAAUAUAAUAUUUUUUUUGUACAAAAAAAAAAAAAAUAACUGCUUGCCUAGAUAAUUAGGUAGCUAUUAAUGCAAUUAACGAGAAGGGGGCUGGGUUUAUGAUGACGGCUCUAAACCGAAAUAAGGACGUAAGUGCCAAAAAUUAAAUUGUUUUGUAUAAAAAAAAAAACUUUUUAAAUUGUCAGUACUUAUCAUUAUAUUUUUUUUAGUUUCGUGUUUUUGAAAGCUUAUUUUUAAAGAAGUAUAUUUAUCGAACUGUCAAGUUGUCAAAUCCUAUGAAUGUAAAUGGUUUACGAGUAAAAAGUUGUGUAAAUAACAUACUUGUGGCUUACGUCAAAUUGUGUUGAAAUUAUUUUAUUGUGAACACAUGAUGUUAGUGACAGUGUGACCAAAUACAAAUUGAGACACUUAAGCCAAUUUGUUACAUUUAACCCUUAUUUAAGUAAAUUAAUGUCGGAUACGCCAUAAUCCUAUUUAUUCGUAAAAACAUCGUAAAGGAAAGAUAACGGUAUUAUUGUUAGUGCAAUCGAUGCUCCGUUCAAUUUUGAAACAAGUGUUACUUACGCUCUUUUGGCUUAGAGCCAUCGAUCACCCCUUCCCCCAAAAAUUUAUGAUUUUUUUUACAUAAAACAGAUAUUGUUUCGAUUUUUUUUUUUUGCGAUUGUUGAUAAUAUUUCUCCCUACAGUUUAAAAUAGUGUAGGUACUAUAUGAUUCCAAAUUUAAUACUUUCCCAAAAAUUAUAAUUUGAAAUACAUAUCCCACCGCUCCCCUCCAAAAAUUAACCCGGUUGCCCCACAAUGUAGGUAUUUACUCAUAUUUUAUGACAUUGAAUACCUAAAUAUUUUCGAUACCUACGCGGCAAAGGAAUGAUUAUUAUUCCUAUAUAAUAUAAAACGCAUUCCUCGUUCCGCUCAGAAUCUAAAAAAUGUAUAAAUAUCCUAUGAAAAUGUUAAUCUGUUGUAAAUGUUAAUAAAUAUAUAUAUACUAUACUAUAUUAUUAAUAUCGGUUUUUGUGUAUGAAAGCUCGCCAUAUGAUUGAUUCGAUCGAUUAUACCUAUUAUAUUAUUUAGUUAGCAAGUUUAUGACGUAUAAAAUAUAAGCGUGAUGCGAGAUGUUAUUCGAUGAUUUAUGAUCGAUAAGUCUUCGUCGCCACCGCCGUGCGCUGUCGUGUAGAAUGGGCAAAACUUUAUACAAAUAAAUAAUGAAUUAAACGGCCAGAUACACCAGCCACGAGCAGAACCUCGGGUAAACUUAAAUUUAUACCGGACGGAGGAAAAAACAGAGAAAUUUUGGUUUGGUAUAAAAUAGUCCCUUGGGUUCAAAGUUAAAGAAUUUCAGUGUUUUUGCAGCACCGCUAUAAUAUUAUCACAAUAAAAAAAAAUUCUUAAACUUUAAAAACUAUAAUAUAAUCCACUAUAUUAUACUGAGUCGUUUAUAUUAUAUAAUACCUCUAAAACAAAUAUUUAACUUAUUAUUGUUAUUUUCUAUAUGACUGAAUCAUUAUUCAACAAAAUAAUCUAGGGAAUCUAUAUUAUUUGAAUAAAAAUAAAAAUUAUAUGAUCGGCAAUGAUAAUAAUAAAUUAGAGAUAGAAUUUUUACUCGGUGAAUUCUGAAUUUUGAGUUUUUUCCAUUUAUUUAUUUAUUUAUUUAUUUAUUUAUUUAUUUAUUUAUUUAUUUAUUUAUUUAUUUAUUUAUUUAUUUAUUGUAAUUUAAACGGGCUAAGCCCAAUACAUGUUGUGAAUAUGUGUGAUAGCAGGUGAUAUUAAUACGUAAUUGUAUUAAAAAAUAGAGGAAGAAAUAAUUCAUAAGGAAAACAGUAGAGAAUUAAUAAUAUACUAUGAAUUAAUGAUUAUUAUAAACACAUAAAUGUAGUAACUGAUAACAUCUAAUUAAAAAAUUACAAGAAGACUGAAUAGAGUUUAAAUUAAAAAAAAAAAACAACUUGGGCAUCAUUAUCUAAUCUAGUGGGCCUAUUUAAAGGAGCAUUUAUGAUAUAGUUACAUCGGUCCAUUGGUCCUACAUAAUGUUUAUAUCUUAAUAAUAAUCUGGUAUUCCGGGCGAUUUCCUUUUUCAUCUACGAAAGACUCUAGCUUGGCCCCUCUGGUUUUGUUUAGAAAAUCUCUAGAUAAAGGAAUUUUUCCUUCCAUACUAAAAAUUAGCUCUUCAUUACCAUUAUUAAAAGCGGGUAACCCCUCUUAUGUUGUAAAUUAUCGUUCUAUUGCUAAUCUCUACCAUUUAUUAAAAGUUUUUGAAACUUUAUUCAGUCGUUCUAUCCAGCUAAUAGUUAAUUCAUUUCUGAUAGAUAAACAACAUAGGUUGUGACCAGACCAGGACUGUUGUAGGUGAGAAGUUAAGAAGGUAGUGGAGUAAUUUAAUAUUUAUCUGUAGGCGAAACGAUUGACCAUUGCAAAGAAAAAACGAUUGUGAGCAGAAUUCGGUUAAUGGUGUUGUUUUGUCAACAAAAUAUAUGUCACAUUAUGGUAAAAUAAUUACAUUUGAAACAUAUUUUUUCCUUAAAAAUAUUUGUUUAAUAUUCUAUAUAUUUUCUCGGUUUUUACCAUGUCUUUCCCAUUUAUUGGGAAAACUUCUGGAAAAAUCGAAAAAAUAACCUUCCUAAAGUACCAUGCCAGUCAGAUUUCCUUUCAAAAAAGAUGUUAUACUUAAUACUCGGAACAAGGUUUCUGGUAGAUAUUGUGUUUACGUUACAAAAAUAUAAAAAAUAAUAAACAUCUUUGCAAAAUAAAUAAAUUCUUCGCUACACUCAGAAUCUAAAAUAAUAAUAUCAAAUACGUAUUUUAUAAUAUACUACCUACAUUUUUUUUAUAGAUUAGAUUUUCAAUGUAGCGAGAAAUGUAUUAGUAUUAAUAUUAUGGUUUUUUUUUUAAAAACUUUUCAAGCGGACUAAUCUUCUUAGAUUGUCAAGUAUUUUUUCUAAAAUUAUAUAUUUUCUAGUUGGUGAAUUGAGUACAAAACACGGAAAAAUACAAUUUUUUAUGUAGUUACAAAUCUAUUUAUUUAUACAAUUAUUUAAAUUAAGUGAUCUUCUCAUUAUAAACUUCGAAUACGAUUUUUAAAAAGCCAACAAAAUUAUAUAUCCAUAUAAAACCAAACUAAAAAAAAAAAAUGAAAAUAUUUAUGUAUAAUUAACAAAAAAUGUCAGAAGUGACUAAUGUAUGUGUUAUAAAUGAACAUUUCAGUUAUUUUUUACUGAAUUACAAUAGCAAAACAAAAUCGAAAAUAACAGUUGUUAAUAAUAUCAUAUGUUUGUGCGUAAAUACUACUGUUUUGUUAAGUUUUCCCCCGGGUUUUUACAAUUGUUCAGGAGACUACGAGAAAAAUCAAAUAAAAUUACCUCGUCCAUGCGCCGACUAAGAACUACUAGAAACUAUUAUGACGCCAUUUUAUUCGUACCCAUCGGAUUAGUGUUUUUUGUCACACAAAUAAAUGACGACAUUUCUGGCUCUCGCAUUAACAGGGUAAAAUGACCGCAAUUAUGUUCUUAUACUUGUUAUAAUUCUGUAUCUAGUAAAUAAGGGUAUAAAUAAUUUAUUUCGUAAAUUUGACCUUAUCUUUUCUACCCAACUUGUCUGUUGAGGGAUGCACAACUACGUACAGACACAUAUUAUAGAACAUACAUAAAUUACAAAAAAAAUACUGGAUCGAAAUUCUUAUCCCAGGUGUGCUUUUUAAUUUAUUUUUGAAUUUAUAGCGGAGUGAGAAAUGUAUUCGAUUUUACUUUGAUGUUUCUGAUAUUAUGAACACGAUUUCCACCGCGAUAGACUUGCAUUCCGAUAUCAUCAACAUCAAAGGCACGGAGAUUUGUAUAGCAUUUUUGAUUUAGCUGGGACAUUCGGAAGGUUAUUUAGACGUACACGAGUUUAUUUUCUCUGGGGGUCGACCUUUAUUAUUAUUAUUAUUAUUAUUAUUGUUUUUUUUGUUGGGGUGAUGCUUUUCGUUCCACCGCAAUACUCGUGUUUCCAAUAACAUCAAGAAAUGGAUACGAUAGACUACAUUGGAUUUACUAAUGGCCAAGAUUAAAAAGUAAACCACAUGUUACCAACAUUAUAGUCGAUACAGAAAUGUUUGCAUUUAAGUGUUUCGAAGGUACUAUACGUGUUACUAAGAUGUGAUUUACGUUUCACGGAAAAUUCUUUUUCUGUCGUAAAUAUGUUCAACACAUAUGUAUUUUCACUUAUUUUUACUUUUCUGGGAUAUUUUUCAUAGAUACUAGGUUCUAAAAUGUUUUCUAUAAUAUUAUGAAAUUGACAAUGAAUGACGAUGCAUGGAUUUUAUUAUUAUUAUUAUAAUUUUUUUUUUUUUUUCGGUAAUUGUAAUUGGGUUACUUUGUGUACAAUGUACAAAAAAUACGAAUAAUAUAAUAUAAUAUAACCUUACCGGAUAUCUGAAUACUAUUCAGGUUCGUUUUUGUUAUAAUUUUAAUAAUUUAUCAUUGCUUAUAUAGUAUAUAAACUAUAUUUCUUCAUACUUUUCCAAUUAAUCAGCCACAACAGUAGCUUUCUAAUGGUGGUAGUAUUUUAAAAUAUAUUUUAUGUAAAACACAUAAUUCGUUUUAAAUACUUAAUUUUUAAUAUUUUCUUCUCCCUAUGCAAUUUGAUGGUCAAUAAUAUCAUUCGUUAUUAUUAUUUAUCAUUCAAUUCUUGCGGACUCCUUACUAUAUAUUUUAGGUAAGGUUCAUUUAUUAUUCUACGGCCACUUAAAAUUAUUAUGGAAGUGUUCUGGUUUGUAUAGUUUGUUCGAAAACUUUAACAACGCACUUAAGUCAAAAUAUCGUAAUAUUGUAAGUAGAUACAUUUUGGUUUUUAAAAUUAUAAAGUUCAAACAAUUCAAAAUAUAUAAUUGUAGACAGAAAAGACGUUCGUAUUUUGUUAGUAUAUUUUUGUUGUAAAUUUGUUGAAAAUUUAGUUGAAAACUAAGGUACGUUUUAUAAUUGAUGAAUUAUUAUAACGCAUUACAAUUCGAUUUCGAAUUAUAAUAGUCAAUAAUUAUAAAACAAUAGAAACUAUAAAAAUAUUUAAAUUGUAUACUAAAACCUAUACAUGGUUAUGCGUACGUAAAUAAUAUCUACAAUGAAGUUGUUUACAAUAAAUUAAUUUCUUUCAAUUUUUUAAAGGUGUAAUUUUCACUUGAUAAGUUUAAAAAAAAAAAAAAUACAUAUAAACAAGUUUAUUGAUCAAUUAUUUUUUCGGUGUGCGGACCAUAUGUUGUUUUUCGUGUAUUUUUCUAGAAACGAACAAAAACAAAUGUAUAUAUACUUCAGUGUAACUUGUACCUACGGUUAUUAUACUAUUAUGAGUACAUUAAUUAAAUAUAAUAGCUACAAAAGAAAAAAAAAAUCACGUGUUAAGUACACACGGUUAGGUGUUGCAGACAAGGGGAUAUAAAGGGUUACUCGCGAGUAGGUACUUUUUUUUUUUUUAACAAAAAGUUAGGAAAACUAUUAUGAAACGUAAAAUGAUAUUGUACCGGCGGCAGCAGUGGCGGUGCAUAUACCUACGUAUACACUAUACGUACGCUAAACCUCGAGAAUUAAACAACUUUAAAUUAAAUUAAUUAUUACAUUUUAAACAGUGAGUUUAUUAUAAUAUACAACCCGAUCAUGGCGGUAACAGAUAAAGCACGAAGUUAGAAAAUAUUUUCCGUGGUUUUUAAUGGUUUUCUGUUUGGUAGUUUGGUAUUUAUACAAAUUAAAGACGACGUGAAACCUAUGUAUACAUUGCUUUAGUCCAACAGACAGGAAACAUAGUUAAAUUACGUUACUUAUAACAUCGACAAUGAUGGCAUAUAGGUUGAAAUUGGAUUUUAAAUACAAAAUUUAACAUUUAAAUAGGAGAAUGAGACCUAAAUACAUCUAUACUUAAUAAAAAGCUGAUAAUGAAAACUGGGCGUGCCAUUGUUGUAAAGGGGAAUUUGGGAAAGUAAGAUAAAUUAAAUUGUUUAAUUUCUAUCAUUAAGCAACGAUAAACCAUUGCUUGCAAAAACCGAUUAGGAGGGGAUUUCGGUUAUACACGCUUUAAAAAACCGUUCGUAUUUUUGUUUGUUUUUUCUUUUUUUAUUAAUUUUUGGUCUUUCAUGGUUUUUCCCAAUUAUUUUGAAAACCCCCUAGAAAAUCAAAAAAUUACCAGUUUUCAACAACUAAAUAAAAUUUCCUUUCAGAAAAAGUACUAUACUUAGAAUAUUUUGAAGCAAGUUUUCUGGUAAAAAAAGUUGUUCACUGACACAACAAAAAAAAACUUUGCUAACCCCGCUACGCCUGAAUCUAAUGAAGCUGAACUAACAUAGCUUGCAGACCUCGAAAAUAUUCUUCCUUUUAAAUGAUGUAUUUAUUUAAACACGAAUUUCAACCUAAACGCCCCAAUUCAUAUUCUAAAAGAAACUAAAUUUCGCUAUGUUGUCCUUUAAGUGCGUUCAGGCAGUUAAUGGGGUCAAUUUCAAUGGCACCCCCAAACCAGUUAUUGCGGGUAUCGCGUUCUCUUAUAACGUAUACCUUAUUAGACACCUACAUGAAACACGUAAAAUUGUUUGUACAGAAAAUUAAUUUUAAAAUAUUUAAAAUUUUUAAACGAUCUAUCAAACUUACGUUUUUUUUUUUUUUUUUUUUAUAUUGAACGAAAAAUAUAGACUCAAACAAUAAUUAAUCAUGUAAUCGAACAUUACCGAAAGAUUAUUUUUUUUCACGUAGAAUUAUGACGUGACAUAUAACUCGUAUUUACUUUAUAGGUGUCAAUAUAAUAUUUUCACACAACUGACUUAUUCUCGUGGAAGUUUUAUAGUGGGUAUAUUAUUUUAUUGUACAGAGAAAAAGUCAAUAGUAAAUUUAGUUGCUAUAGGUAUAGAUAAUAGCAGCAAGAUCGCGAGAUCCGUGUAUAACCGCUUAUCGAAAAAAUAAAAUUGACAGCCGUUAAGAAGCGGGACAGAAACGAUAGUGAAAUAUGUGUAAUGUGUAUGAUUGGUAAUUUGUAUAACAGUUGGGCAGUCAUAACAAUUCAUUACUGCCGUGUAAAUUGCAGCCGACUUUAAUAAUGCAUGCGAGUUUGCGAUCUAAUUGUCAUCUACAUUUUUUCUCUCAUACUCGAUUAUUAUCGAUACUUUUUACUCUCCGUGCAUAAUCGCGCAAAUAAUAUAAUACCCCACACAUCUUUUUAUGGUGCUUGCGAUCGCGAAAUAAAAAAAAGCCGAAAUUGUCGACCGUGAAUCAGUUAAUCUCAUUUUUUUUUUGGUUCUUAUUACACUAUAUUAAUCAUUACAAUAUUUCAAUAUUAUUAUCGUUUUAUCGUUAUUGUUGUUGCAGUCGUGGUACGAUUACAAAUUGCAAUGGGACCCGAAGGAGUACGGAGGCGUGCAAAUGCUCCACGUGCCGUCCGACCACAUUUGGCGUCCGGACAUCGUUCUCUACAACAAGUAA